AUGUUUAAAGAUAUCAAGAAAAAAAAGCUGUCGUGGAAAAAUAGGGACAGAUGCAGUCACUGUUGUGGAUGGGAAGUUAACAAGGUAGGUUACAGAAGGGAAUUCAAUAUAUAUCUGUAAGUAACGAUAAACCAUCGCUAACGAAUAAACGAUAGAAUUAUUGAUUUAUAAAUACUCAAUACAAAUAAUCAAUGUAUUAUAAUCAAUGGUAGAAUCUAUAGAGUGUACGAUUUUGUAAUAUGCGUAGAUAUUAUUUGUUAUCCACACAUAAUAUAUUAUAUUACGCUGUCCUAUAUAUUGAAUCGAAGCUAAAAGCAACUCAAUACUAUACGACGUUAGUCGUUCGUCAGUUCGCUAAAAACAAAAACGACAAUAUAAAAUAUCGGCAUCGGUACACCGUAUAUUUAUUCGUUGUUUAAUUUUAAUUUGCGUGAUUUGUAUUAAUUGACAUAAAACAAGGUUCAGUUUCGGUUUUAGUUCACUAGAAAUUAAACUACCUACCUACUCUUAGUUAUUUUAUAAAUAUAAUUAUAUAGUAAUGAUAAAUACUAUUGUACCACGGAAUAUGGGUAGAAAAUUAAAAGUGAAUAAAAAAAAAGAAAUUAAAUUCACUUAAAAUCCUCUGAGAUAAUUGUUAAUUUAUGAUAAAAAAAAAUCAUUCUGUAUAUAUAACCUAUAUAGUCUUAAAAAUAGUCUCUCUCAACAAUUAUAUAAGUAGUCUAGUGGUCAGGGCGUUAGGAUAAGUUAGGUUAACUGCCCGGCAGCGGCAGAAACAAAAUUCCUGUUAUUUGCAUUUUUAUUAUUUUAUAAUUUUUCAUGUUACAAGAUGACACGUAAACAACAUAUUGUUGUGAUUUUUGAUGUUUCAUUGAAUACAUUGCAUGAAUGUUUUUCUAUGAUAUCGUUUAAAUAUUAAAAUGAAACAUUAUAUCAAUGUUUUCUGAAUGCCAUAUAAACAGUCAUUAAUAAUUAUAAGAAUAUUUUUUGCAACAGGUAUGCAACUCACAUUGUGAUGUUACAUGUUCCAAUGAAACAAAAUUGGCACGAGCAACACCGGGCGGGACGGCUAGUAAGUAUACAAAGUAGAGACAAAUGUAUUAUACAAAAGUUUUUCGAUUUGUAAACAUCCAAAAUAAUUUGUAUAUUUUUUUUGGUAGGGGAGGGUUGGAAGUAAACUUUUGAAAUUCAAACGAGAACUUAUAUUCAAAAUUGCAUACAUAGAUUGAACGUUAGUUUAAAUAAAUAUUAAGAUUGAGAUUUUUGAUUUCCGUCAACUCGUUGACAAAAUAUUCCACUUUUUUAGUUUUGGUAAGGGAAGAGUAGUGGAACGCUAAUCAAACAGCGCACCGUACCGUACCACCAUACAAGUGUAUAAGUGUUCCAAUACUUUCCCCCUAACUAAACUAAAAAUUGGAAUAUCUCGUCAACGAAUUUAUGAAAAUCAAAAAUUUUAACUACAAAAUGUAUUUAAAAUAACAUACUCAAUCUAUACAUAUAAUUUCGAAUAUAGCUUCUCAUUUAAAUAUCAAAAAUUUACCACUAUCUGACCCCUCCCCCAAAAAAAAAAAAAAAUGUAUUUUAGGAUAUUUACAAAUCAACAAAUUGUGUAAUAUAUAUUUUGUUUAUUUAUCAAAGAAAAUUUUUGUACCAAAAUUCUGACCACCUUGUAUAUUAUAUCUGUCAUAUUUGACAGCAAUGAAAUUGCUAUCUAUCUGUCAAUGACUAUGUAAAAGAAAAACAAAUAAAGAUUAAGGUAUUUGCUGCAGUGAGCAAUAAACAACUGUUUUAAGUUUGGGCGAAUAUAAUAAUAUCAUAAAAAUAUAAUUAUAUUAUUAAUACGAUAAAGAUGAAUAUUUUUAGAUUAGAUUCUGAGCAGAUCAUUUUUUAACUUUCACAGGGGUUUUCAUAAUAAAUCGGAAAAAACGUAGGAAAAACGGAAAAUUUACGAAAUGUAUUAUUUUCAAACCGUAAAUAGGUACGUGUUAUGGCCUUUUAAAACAUACAACCAAUUACCGAAAUCAACUUUAGAAUCUUUUUUCGCUUGCAAAGAUUAAUCGCUAUUUACAGAUAUACAAGAUAUUCCCCUUUAUAUCCUACCUUCCUAACAUUUCACCUACAACAAUAGCACACCCAUCGUGCGAAAUAUAUCCAUCUUUUAGAUUUUUAAUGGAUCAAGGAAUGUAUUGGUUUUGAAAUGAUGUCUAUUUUAUUUUUUUGCUGUGAACAAUAUUUCAACCUGCAAUUUUGAUCCGAUUUACAGUGAAAGCACUUUUCUGAAAAGUUAUCGGAUUGGAGAGGUACAUUAGGGAAAUCAUUUUUUAAUUUUCUUAAGGUUUUUCCCUAGGAAUAACGGAAAAAUAGGCACAAUAUUAAUCAAAUAUUAUUAAAUAAAAUAUAUAUUUCCUAUUUAGUUAUUUUACCAUGAUAUGACAUAUGAAAGAGGGAGUUGUAUUUGUUGCGAAAUUCGUACGUUUACCGUCCAUCGUUACUCAUCAUUAGUAGUUAAAACGGAGGGACGAACUAUCUUUCUUCUAAAAUAUUAUCUGCCCCUUUUAGUUUCAGUCUUCAAAGUCUCGAGGGACGUUUUAGUUAUUAACUGUGGGAUACUUUUAAUGCGAUUUUAAAAACUCAAACUAGUUUUAUUAAAGAUAAAGUCUUUAAUACCUUUUGGAUUAUACCAGCGUUUCUCAAACCGUGAGUCGCGACCCGCUGGUGAGUCCCAAGACAAUUGUUGAUGGGUCGCGAACAUUGUUUUGAUUUUUUUUUUUCCAAGAAAUAUAUGUUUUUAGAUUCUGAGGGAGUAAAAAACGCGUUGAUUUUACAAUGCUGUACUUUUAAUAUUUCUUCUUCUUCAUUUUUUUUUAUUCUAGUCUGUGAACACGUUUUUUCCUAGUAAACUUGCUUCAAUAUAUAAGUGUAGCACUUUUUUUAAAAGAUUAAGUUAUCUAGAUUUUACUUUUAACGGGUCAUUUUUUUGAUUUUCCACGCCGUUUUUUAAAUUAAAGUACUUAAGUGAGAAAAAACUUGGGAAAAAGUACAGUUUCACGAUUUCAUUAUUUUAUAAAAACACGGACGACGUUUUCUACCAGAAAAAAUGAUUUAAUAAAAUAAUCACAAGGUACCUUUUUUUAUUGUAUUUUUGAUUUACUUUCUUACGGUAUCGACGCUAAAACUUAUAAGCUUUUAAGGAAUUUUAAUUUUUGGGAGAUUUUUGCUAUAAUUCAGUUUUGAAAACACGUAAAGAUUUGAAACUUGAUAUUAAUACUAAUAUUAGAUUUUUCUAGACGUGGUAAAAUUUCCAAAAUCAUCGGACGACUUUUUUUUUUUUUAUAAAUGUUUUGAAAUCAAAUUUAAACGAAAAUCGCAAAAAAAAUUACCACACUUCAAAUUAUGUAUUACUGAACUGCGUUAAGGAUCGUCUUUUGUCAAGCAAUGGUUUAUCAUUUCUUACAGAUAUAAAUAAAAUAAUCCUAUAUAUCCUACCAUCCCAACUUUUCACCUACGACAGUCGCCACUUCCAUCCUCAGUAUCAGCUCUUUUUUAAUUUUUAUCUCUGAACAACUUUUCUUCAAGCAAUUUUGCUCAAUUUUUCAGUGUAGAACUUCUUCCGAAAGAAAAUCUUACUGGUGUGAUACUUUUAAGAAGUUGUUUUUUGAUAUUUCCAGUUUUUUUCAUAAACUACUAUCUGAAAAUUGAAACUGUGAGAGUCACGAUAGAUUUUAGAGGAAAAUUCGGGUCGUGGUCCUAAAAAGAUUGAGAACCUCUGGAUGAUACAUAUUGUAAUCAGACUCUGUUUUACUUUAUUAAGUUAGGGACGUCCCUAAAUGUUUAGUGCAUGCAUAGCAGGGUAUGUAUAGAUAUUUAUUAUAUCUAUAUAUUCUAGAGGGAUAUUUUGCCACAGAUAGGAGGAUGGGCUUAAAGGCUUAAGUCUCCCUCCCCGAAAUAUCAAAUUGGUAAUUGUAUUUAUUCGCCUGUCGCGGGUACGAAUUGUUACUCGUUUCUUGUUUCUAUCAUUCGAAUAUUGUACCUACAAAAAAUUGCGUUAUAGAAGUACUUUAAAGAGAUCUUAUUUCGAUUUUAUUAAGAGAUUUUUCAUCAUGUGAAAAUCCGAAAAAAAAAACUGAGGUAAAACAGGAAAUUGUACGAAAUAUAUUAGUAAAAUAUUACAAAUUUUUUUUUUUCCAGUGCACAACUUUUCAAUCAGCAAUUUUGCUUCAACUUAUAAUAAAAGCAAUUUUUCUAAAAAGAAAUUUCACUUUAGAGGUACUUUAAAGAGGUAAUUUUUAGUUUUUCCAGUAAAUGUGAAAAACCAAGAUAAAACAUGGGAAAACGUAGGGAAACUGAAAAAAUCGGUACAACAUUAAACAAACCUUAUUAAAGAAAAUAUAUAAAACCUAUUUGAUUAUUUUACUAUAAUAUGACAUAUAUAUGUCUGACAAAGCAUCAACUGAACUCCGCUCAGAAUCGUUUUUUUGUAAGUAAUGGUUUACCGUUAUUGCUUACAGUUAUACAUAAAUUACCUAUAACAGUGACUACACUCGUCCCCAAAAUCCUAUGACGUAUUUUUAAAAAUCUUAUCAACAUUAUCAGUAUCAACUCUUCUUGUCGAAAGAUAUUUUUCUACUUUAAAAAGAAUAAAGCCUUAUUUUAGGAAAUCUACAGGUGAAACGAGUCUAUAUAGUUUAGCUCUGAUGAAUAUCCAUACAGAGGUACAUAUUGUUUCUGAAGAAAUAAUAAAUAUGUUUACUUCAAAAAAAUUAAGACCCUUGGAUUUUAAACUAUAAACAAUUGUUUAAUUAUUUAUUAUUUAUUUAUAUUUUUAUUUUUUAUUCUUACUAUCAAGUGUACUAAAAUUGUUAUUUUCAGUCAUUUUUACAGUUAUUAAUUUGACCUAGUUUAUAUUUAUAGUGUAAUGAUAAUGUAUUAGUCUAUGACUAAAUUGAAAAGUAAAGAAAAAUGUUUGGGUAGGUAUUAAAAUAUCUUCUUUUUUUAAAAAAAAAAAAAAAAACACGAUAUUAAAUGACGACAAACAAUACAAAAUAUAAUAUUAUAACUCCACUGGUAGCGUGGUAAAGAAAAUAUUAUGGGAGUUUUUGAAUUUAAUAUUCUUAAAUAUGAUUGUAUGAACCAACUUACUAUAUUGUAAAAAGUAGGUAGAACCCUAGCCCUAGGAAUAAAAUAUUGAAACCCUCCCACCAAAAAUAAAUAGUUCUGGCUACGGCAGGGCACAUAUAGAGCUCCCCUUGUAGUUUUUACCACUUUAACCACGGUUCGUCAUAGAAAUGUAAAUGGCGUCCCGAAAAUCGUUCGGUUAAAAAAAAAAACUUUUCUAACGCCAUGUUUUUUCGAUGGUUCCAGUGAUAUAUUGUUGGGGAAUUAUUUAACUUUUAGACUUUUUUAAUUAUAAUGCGGUGCUGGGUGUACAUUUACACAUUUUUACCAGGUUUUACCUGGGAAAUUAAUCAUUUAAAGGCGGGCAGGUAUAUUAUUAUUCAAAGUUAGGCCAAAAAUUCCAAUGUCAAAACAAUUAACUCGAAUAGCCUACCUAUAUACAAGUAUAAGUACUUAUUUAUUUAUUUAAUUAAUUAUCGCGCCAGUCCGGCAGUUAAAUAGACACAUAAUACAGUGAUUGACAAGUUAUUUUUUGACAGAUGGGUUUGGUUUGAUUAGCUUAGUAAUAAUAAUAAUAUAAUGAAAAAAGCAAAAAUACAAAUAUUUAACAAUAAAAUAAACACAGCAUUUUACAUAUAAAUAGUAAGUUAUGGUGCGAAUAAGGCGAAUAAAACUGAGGUAGAGGUUAAAGGGAUUUAUGGAAACGUAGCAUUUUGUCAAUUGGUUGGUUAUGGUUGUAGUUCGUGUGGUGAUAAGGGACACGGAACAAUGAGUGGUCUCUUGUAGAAUAGAAAGGGAUACGAAAAAAGAUGGAAGAUAGAUCAGAAUCAUCGAUUGAGCCAUUUAGCAAAAAUAAAAGAAAAUUUUUGUCCACAUCACUACGACUCUUUCCGUUCUUACACUUUAAGAACAUUUAGAGAUCAGUUAAUUGAAGAAUAGUCAUGGGGUGGGUGAGCAAUAUUUGGAAAAAAAGCAGCAUACGAAAGAAAUCGGUUUUGUACCUUCUUUAUACAAAAUUGGUUCUUGACUAAAAAUGGAUAUCACACAGCUAUACCGUAUUCUUAUAUAGAGCUGACUAAAAAGAAGUAGAGGGAACGGAGACAAAUGAUGGACGUAAAUGUUUUAGUAUUGCGAUUUAUAAUGCCUAGUACUUUUAAAGCACUAUUAAUUAUUAAUAUGUUAAUAUGAUGAUCAAAAGAAAGAGUGAGAGUAUGAUAGAACCUUAGAUCUUAGACGCCGAAUACGUGAUUAAGAGGAGAGCUAUUUCGUAAGUGUACGGAUGGACAUGAGGAAAACGCUUUUUACUAAGUCAUAAUAUGAAAUUUACUAAGAUAAAGGAGUAGACCUACAUAUUGGGUUUACACACAUAAAGGACCGAGAUUAGAUUAUAUUUGAAGGCAGUCAAAGGGAAAAGAUAUUUUAAGAACAAUUUUGAUGUCAUCGGCAAACAUGAGGACUUUAGAGACGGCAAAAUAUCUAUUGAUACUGUUGAUGAAAAUAAUAAAUAAAAGUGGACUGAGAUGACCCCCUUGGGUAAAGUUAGGUUAAUACAGAAAAAUAUUUCUUGAAUCGACCUCAUGAUCCGGAUACAUUUUUAAUGAAUUUCAAAUUUCCUUUAUAUAUAUAUAUUAAUACGAUCUACCUGUCUGCAUAAAAUUACUAUACAAUUUAAACUUUUGUCGAAACGAUAAAAACUGUUAUCGAUGUACCUACUUGUUUUAAAUAAGGGCAAGCCCAUAAACCGAAACUCGAUACCGGUGUUAUCGGGUUUUUUUUGAAAAACAAUAUUUUCGGUGGAGGGGGGAAUAUCUAUAACGUCUCUGAAAUAGGAAAAAAAAGUAUUAAAAACAAAAUUGACAAAUUCAACAAUACAUCGAUUAAUUUUAAUAUUGACUCGUAGCUUACGAUUUAAAAUUUCGGGUAUCGGUUUUAUAUCGGUAUCAUAUUAUAUCCAGUGUUGAUAUAAUAGUGUUGAUAAUAUAUUUCUUUUUAAAUUAACUAAUGUAGGAAUUGAUUCCAUUAUUUUUAAAGGAACAUGAACGUAAAUUAAUUUCUUAUUUUGAGGAAAAGGAACGUUAAUGUUAUAAAAUGUAAAAUGUUCUAUUUAUUCUUCUGUGAUUCUAAGACAUUUGGGAGAAAAAUUUCGUUUAUAAAUAUUUUGAUCAAAUAGACGAGUCGUUUCCAAACAGCUAAUGUAAUUUAUGUUGACACACAAGUAAGUAUUCUGAUAUCAAUAAUAUUUUUUCUAAAUCGGAUACUAUAAUUCAUUAUAGCUAGGGAAGUUUUCUGUCACGAGAAUAAAUAAAACUAACAACGAAAAGUCAGUACCGAGCGAAGAACCCGGUACACAAACUCAAUUACAUAAAUACAUAAUAUUAUUAUGCUGGUUUUUUUUUAUAAGAAUGAGUUAUUUUUCAUAUUAAACGAACGAAUUUUUUUUUUUACACAAAAUGGACAAGGAAUUGAACGGAUCCCUAUAUAAAAUGAACGUUAAUCAUACAGCGUACAUCGCGGAAUAUCGGAUAUCGGUGAUAAGUCGUGUCGGCCCAUUCUUAAUUCGAAAUUGAUUUAUAACCAAAAAAUAUACGCUAAAUCGAAUAAUAAUAAACGACAUUACAUUUCACAGUCGAUGUUUCGCAAUCGUUGAAACAUACAUUAUAUUAUUAGGAAAUAAUAAUAUCGCCGAAUCAUUCGUGUAAUGUUAUUCAUUCGUAAAAUAUACGCGAUAUGACGUCAUACAGCGUGACUGGCCGUAUCACGAAUUUACAAGUUUUUAACGAUUUUUACGUUUAGGUAUAUAUUUCGAUGUAUUAUAUUCUAAGUAUAAUGAAAAAGAUAUUUAAACAUUUAUGGAAUUUUUCAGCAGUUCGGCCUCUAGGUCAUUAUUUAUUGUGUAGUUUGAUUUUCAAUGUGUUUUCAAUGUCAUAAUGUCAUAAUAUGUACGCCGUCGCCGUCUCUAUACGGGUGAGUUUGCCUUUGUUUGCUUCGAAAGAAUUGCAUAAACCUAUAAAUUACUCUCGACAAGCUCGUUUGGAAUGAAUGCAACGCAGAGUAGCGUAAAAGGGUGCAGCAAGAAGCUGGUAAGAUUGAAUCUUUUUAUUAUUUUUUUAAUAAGCCUUCAAGUUAAAAUUUUGACUAAAACCAUAAAAAAUACGAUAUUUCAAAAUAUGUUAGUUUUUAAAAGGGGAUUAUAUGUGAAGGGAUGUGGAAUGAUCAAAUAUAGUGUGAACAAAUAUCGAAAAAAGUUAACACUUUCGGAGAUAGUGUGUGUUUUAUGAAAAAUUGAUCACCCCGUAUAACAAUUAUAAUUAAACCAUCUGCAGUGUACGAGUAUACCUUGCUUACGUUGAAUGACAAAUAUACUGUUAUUGUGUAUAACCAAACUUCGCUCAGAAUUAUUUUUCGUUAGGAAUAGUUUAUCUUCGAGUGUAAGUACCAAUUGAGUAUUUGAGUCUAUGUAUCUUAACUUCUUAACUUCCCUCACUAAAAUGUACCAACACCCCAUCAGCAACAUUAGCUCUUCUUUUUGUGUGGCUUUUCACUCACAUGGUUUGAUUUAAUUAUAAAAUAUUUUAUAUUAUAUAGGACAUCAAAGGUUUCGUCAUACGGUACCUAGAUAUUAAUCGUAUUAUUCCGGAUUUUCUAUACCGCAUCGGUUGUAAUAUUAUUAUAAUAUAAAACGAUAUUCAUAUUUUAUAUUAUAAUAAAAAGGCCAAAGAUUGAAAUUUCAGAAGGGUCUUAUACGAAAACCACCACAAAUAUAAGAAGUCACAGAUACAUUGAAGUAGUGAAAUAUAUAAAAAAUCACAAAUUCACGUAACCUCUAGCGUUUUAACAUAAAAAUAAAAAUAAACACAAUGAAAAUCCUACCGAUUAUUUUUAUCAAUUCUACAACGAGGUUAUUAGGUCAGGUUACGAUACUAAUCGGAUUGUAUACGUAGCGAGGAAUUUAUUGGUUUUACUAUGAUUUGUCCUCUUUUUUUUUUCUUUUUUUAUUAUCCAAACAAUUUGUCUACCAAUAGUCCUGAAAUCAUAUUCUAAUCAAAAAAUUAGAAGAAACCGUUUGUAUUAAAUUUUUGUUCUGGUGGAUACAAUGAAGAGUUCAUUUCGAUUCUCAAGCGGUUUUCGUAAUAACUAAGAAAACCAAUCAAAUAUUGUAAAAUAAAAAUUGACAAAUUUACGGAAUUAAAAAUUUCGUUAUUUCGAUUAUGUAUUUCUACCUGCAGUGAUCAUGCACCAAAAUUUAAGGAAAAAAUUGUUCUCUUUUAGUAUGUAAAAGCCUCAUUUUCAGGUUUUCUGAAUAAUUGAGAAAUACAGGGGGAAAAUGGACUUAUGGCAUAAAUUAUUUUUUGUAAUUCAGUUAAAAAUAAUUGUAAAAACAUUUUUACAAAAUACUAUUAUGUUAUAGCCUUUAUAGACGUGGGUAUAUUUUAAAAACAUUUGUGCCACUUUUACUUUCGAGCUUUUUAUUAAAAUAUUGAUUUUGCUAGUUUUUUACAUAAUUUUUAUUCGCUAGGUAUUCUGUAGUAAAAUUGUUAGACUUAACAGAAAUGCUUAAAAUUUAACAGAAGGUUCAUUAAAAGUCAUACAAUGUGUUAAAAAAGAAUAAUUGAUCGAACUGACUCAGUUUCGCUCAGAAUCGUUUUUAAUUAAAAAUAAUUAACCUUUGCUUGUAUAUAAAUAUUAAAUUCCCCUCUAUAUCCUAUCUUUCUAACUUUUCACCUACAAUAGUGGUGCAUACAUGCGCUGUAUCAGCUCUUUUUUAUCAUCUAAUAACUUUACCAUACACCAAUGUUGAAUUGGAAAUUCAUCCACGCUUUAAUACGAAAACAAAAUUUAAAACAAUGGUUUUAUCUAUGGCGUAUUUUAUUAUAGAAUUUUUCUAUUCCAUGUUUUUCUAAUUUACUAGUUAGUUUGUUAUUAUAUUCAAGUCUGUAAAACGAUUACCAUUAAUUGAUUAAUUAAUUAACGUAUACAUGUUUCAUUGAGACAAAUAUUAAUCGAAUUAAGACUUAGACUCGAUAGACUAACAUUAAGACUAGUUAUGUAAGUAGGUAGGUGGUAGGUACAUAAAAUAUCAAAAUUCCAAUUUAUAAAAUUAAUAGCUUGUCAAAUUAUUGAUCGUCUAACAUUAAUAACGUAAGACUAUAAUAGUUACCUAUUAUUAUAUGAUAGAAUUGCGAUGAAAAAUGACAUUUUUGUUUCCAGAUUGAGAGGGAAAAUCUAUUCUUUAUUUAUAGCACCACAGUCUAGGUAAUGAAAAAAUAAACAGAUUGUUGUGGAAUGUAAUCCAAUUAUUAUUCUCUCCGACGCGUGGCUCGGGUUUUUUGAUAUAGUUUCUGAACCGGGAAAUGCUCGGAAAUACUCGUGGGGAACGUUUACACAAAAAAAAAAUAUAUUUGAAAAUUUAAACAGAAAAGUGGGGACGAGGAAAAAACAGAGAGCUACAGAAAACGUUUGGUGAAAAGAAUAUUAGGUUCUCAAAAAAAUUAAGACUGUGGGAAUUCCAAACCCAAUACUACGGACAGUGCCGGAACAGGGAUGGCCAAGGAUGAGGUGGGGUGAAUUAGUAAAAAUUAUUUAGAAGCUAUAGGAAAUAGACAAAUCGCGCAAACGGAACCGAUAUUCAAAUAAUUUGAACUAGAACCGACAUUUUAAUUUUGUUAGGAAACGUACACGAUACGUAACCAAUAAAAUCAAUAAGAUUCCAGUUACAUACAUUAAUCUGUGCUAAUGACAAUAUCAUCAUCAAAUAUUUUAACAUAACACAAACGACGUUCGUUUUGAUCUUAAAUAAUAUAUAAAUCAAGCUCGAAUAGAAAAUUUAAAGGAUUAUCAUAAUAAUAAUAUUGUUAUAUACCAAGGGACAUACAAGCGAUAGUCGGUCGGAAAUAAUCGUGGGGGGGGCUAAAAGGAAUCGUUUGUUCCGAACAUCUUACACGAUAAUAUAUACGUAAUAUAUAUGAUAAUACAGGAUACGUUGUUUAUUAAACCUAUACUCGUUAAUAAUUUUGCCUGGACCGCCGGCGGUAAAAUAUCAUUAUUAUUCCAUUGGUACGUAUGUUUUGGGUGUAUAAUAUAUUAGUAAGAUUACGAAUUCUGCAACAAAGAUCUCAGCCGUCUACGUACAUAAUAACGUUUGUUCUAAUAAUUUCGUUACAUUACCCGUCUUUGCCAGACCUAAUCCUUUGACACUCUAACCGUUAUUCAAUUAUUUAUUUGAAAGUGGAUAUUUUAUAGUCGUUACAUUUUAGAUUUUGAAUGCAUCGAAGAAGCUAAUGAUUUUACAAAGAUGUUUAUUUUUUUUUUUUUUAUCUGUGUGCAAUUUUUCUACCAGAAGACUUGCUCAGGUUUUUGUGUGUAGUAUAUUUUCUGAAAGGAAAUCCGUGUGAGGAAGUACUUAAGGGAGGUCAUUUUUCGAUUUUCCCGAGAAUUUUCCAGGCAAAUGUAAAAAACUUGGAUAAAACACGGGGAAACCGGGAAAAACGUGGGAAAAUUAGUACCUCAUUAAACAAAUAUUAUUAAAGAAAAUAUAGAAAGCCUAUGCAAUUAUUUUACUAUACUAUAAAUGUAUAUUGUUGACAAAGCAUCACUAUCAACUGAACUCUGCUCAAAAUCGUUUUUCCGUAAGCAAUGGUUUAUUGUUGCUUACAGAUAUACAUUAAAUUACCUAUAACAGUGACUGCACCCGUCCCCGAUAUCCUAUAACGUCUUUUUUAUUAAUGUCAAUACAAAAAUAUCGUAUUUCUAUCGAUUUUCGUACAUAUAUUUGUGUACCGUGGGAUUUUAUAAUAAUAAAUCGUGUAAUAUAAUCUAAUGUAAGGUAAGUAUAUCGUUUUAAUAUUUUAUGGGCAGUCAUGAUGGCCGCCGUUAUUAUUUAUUAAAAUAGAAUUUCUUUUGAUGAUACCAUUUAUACUGUGAAACCCCAAACUUCAGUGGGUGUACCUAUAUAUUAUUAGACAUUUCGAUAGUUUCGUAUUUUUUUUUUUUUUUUAUUCUUAUUAAAAAAAUUAGAUUAGGCGUGUAUUAUGCGAUGAUAUAUAUAAUAAAGUGCUUUUUAACGUACGUCGUCGAAACAGACGGUUUCAGAGCGACGAUGGGUGACGGACUGCAGGAAUGAAGGGUAGUUUGAUGGAUAAUAGCACUAUAUAUAUUUAAUGUACCUCCCCUUCCGGGAGUUUUUUCUUUGCUCUUCGAGGCAAACCAUAUGCGACAUCAUUGCCUACGAUGUAAAAAUAAUAAUAACAAUUUGAGUAAUACGUUUUCCUAGUGGAAUGUUUUACUCAAAAUUCGGACAUUACCCAAAUUUUUGUUCUAUCGAAAACAGCACAUAUUUCACCGAAUUGUAUCAAAUGCAUAUAUUUUUUUACCAAUUUAUUCGGAAACUUUUAGAGACUCCCCGUAGAUCAAAAAACAUUCAAUUUGGGAAUUAGAAUUUCUUUAUUGGAAGGUUGAAGUAUACAAUUUUGGUUACAUUUCAAUAUGAUCUUCGCCAUAUUCUCGCGGGUAGAGAAUAGUUUUACUACUUUAUAACCACCUACGGAUCUCACAGAUUAAGCUAAUAUUGUUUUUAGUAAAUUAUGCGGUAAAAACGGAACUUCAAACCAUCGCGUAUAACUCUAAGUUUUUCACGAUACAUUUUACGAAUAUUUCAUAGAGACGAGAGAUAUUUAAACAGGAUGCUACGGGUCUAACGAGCCCUACAAAUAAUAAAAAUCGUUUACUUAAAUAAUAUAAUAUCUUCUUUCUGGUUGAACAACAAACAAACAAUAAUAAGCAUACUACAUCACAAUUUUCCGACGGAUUUUUUAUGAAAAAAUCUAUUAUGCGUCGCUAGAAAACCGCAAUCAAUUAUUAUUAUACAGCCAUAUAAUAGUUAUAUUAUAUAUAUAUUCAAUAUUCUAGCGUUUUUAAGUAGUUUACGGGUACAGAAAUUCCGUCAGAUUCGAGAAUAAUUUGACCGAUCGCUAUAUUGAACCUAUAGGUUAUAUUAAUAUGGCCGGACGUGAUGUGUCCGUUCGGGAAUCUACCGGCCCACUUUAUUGAUGACGACGACUAAUUGAUUAGUAUAGUAUAUAGGACCCGUCAGAGGAAAUACCAUUAUGGUCGGAAAAUCAAUCGUCACCGAUGCAAACCCGAGACCACCUGAUUUAAGAUAGCGAGGAGGGGGGGGGGUUGUUUCUUCGUAAAGCAUCAAUAUGGUUAUUGCGCUAGAAAAUAUUGGUGAGAUUGUAUAAUUGAUUACCCAGAAUCUGAGAGUAUAGCCACUGAAAUUAAGGGACAGGUCAGAGAUUUUUAUUUUUUUUUUUUUCCAAAUUACGGAUACUAGCUACGAUAUAUAUCCAUUUCUGGGCGAAUUUCUCAUAUAUUUAUAUAUUUUUCAUUAAUAAAUUCAUAGAGUCGAUACGAAAAUUUUUAACAGAAUUUCAACAAAAAUAUUAAAGCUUUUAUAAAAUGCUUAGAAAUGGCUCAAAUAUUGCGAACAUUUUACCAUUUUUAGAAAAAUCAAAUAUAAAUUUUCUUUCAAAAUUUCUAAUCUCUACGAAUAUUUUAAACUAAAUUACAACAAAUAAUAAAAUUGAAAAAUAAUAAAAGCAUUAUAUUAUUAAAUUUCCCGUUACAUUUUAUCCUGGUUUUUCCCAGAUAUUAUGAAAACCGCAUCGAAAAUCAAAAAAUGAUUUCGCAAAAUUAUCAUCUGGACAUAAUUUUUUUUUUUUUUAAAUAACGGAGCAAAAUUUUUGGUAAAAUUUAAGUACACAGUGUAAAAAAAAAAAUAAACAUCUUAGUAAAAAAAUAAGAAAAUUCUUCGCUACACUCAAAAUCAGAAAGGUAAUCAUUGGCAACUAUUUUUAUUUAUUUUUUGUUAUUGUUAUUAUUAUUUGUUUUAAUAUUUUUUUAGAUUCUGAGUGGAGCGAAGAAUCUUACGGCUUUACAGAGAUGUUUAUUUUUUUUUCUAUGGACAACUUUUCUACCAAAGGAUUUGCUCCGAUUUUUACGUGUAGUCAUUUUUCUGGAAGGAAAUCAGUGUGUAGAGGUGCCUUAGAUAUUUCAUUUUUCGAUUUUCUCAAGAGUUUUCUCAACAAAUUUAAAAAACUGGGAAAAAACAGGAAAACCGGGAGCUAUGUUUUACUCGUUGCUUACAGGUAUACAUUAAAUUACCUAUAAUAAUAACUAUACUCGUGCCCAUUAUCCUAGGAUGUCUUUUUAAAUAAUCGUUGUUGUGAAAACGAAUAAUCCUGAAAAAGCAAUACUAUUGACCGAACUCUACUCCGAAUUGUAUUUCGUUAGCAUUUUAUUAUUAAUCGUUGUGUACAAAUAUAAUACCUACAAUCCUACUUACAAUAGUGUCCUAUCCGUUGUACGAAGCAUGUAUAUCUUUUUUUAUAAUACUUACAAUUGUAUUUAAACAAAAUUACUCUUUGUAACUUCUUGUGUCGAGUUAGAAAAUUGUAUUCAAUAAUUUAAAGUCAUUAGACAGGGGACCAUUGAACUUUUCUUUCAUUUAUUUUUAUAAUAUUUUUUUCAAAUGUUUUCUUUCAAGCUUUUGUGACGUUUUUAAGUUCCUUUUGUGAAUUUUAAGAGCAAAAGUCCAAAGUCCUAGUGUAGACUGAUAUAAUCAAAUAUAUGUUAUCGAUUAUAUAGACCGUAGCGCAACCUGUGAUCCCUAUGACUUUACUUGUAGAAGGUAAAUACAAACUUUACGUGGAAAUGCUUCUACAAAUAUUACCUAUGUGCAUUAUCGAUAGAGGGUAGAGUAGAUAUGUAUAAUAUUGUUAUUAUGACAACUGUAUUCGACUAAAUUUAAUAAUCGUCCGUUUUCGGCCAAACCCGAAAAAUUAAAUAUUUAUUUAGGGGUGUAUUAUAGGUAGAGGUAGUAAAAUAAUAUUUACAACUGUAAGUUAUUAUGACAAUAUUAUACUAUUAAUACAUACGAUAUUAAACUUAUUGAUUCCUUUUGGGUAAACUAUUUUAUAUGAAACUAGCUGACUCGGCAAUGCUUUGCUAUUGCUAGAAAAUAAUGUUAGUUAUAGUUAUAAUUAUAAUGAUAAUACCUAAUAAUUUAUUGUCUAUGAAAACCAAAUUGUCAUCCAUGUCACCAAGGUAACCCACAAAUAAAUAAAAAUAAAUUAACUAAUAAAUAGAUAUUCGUACUAAAAAUAUCUGAAACACUUAUCUUACCAAAAUACCCCUUUAGGAGUUGAAUUUUCAAAAUCUUUUUGUAGCAGAUGAUUACAUCGCAAUAGCUGUCUGCAUACCAAAUUUCAGCCCGUUCAAUUAUUUUGACUAAACAAUGAUGAAUCAGUCAGUCAGUCAAUCGGUAUAUGUUAUUUUAUACAUAGAUGUUUAUAUAGAUAACAUGUCCGGAUUGACUGACUGAUUCAUCAUCGACUAGCUAAAACAAUUGAACGGAUCGGGCUGUAAUUUGGUAAACAGAUAACUAUCCUAAGACGUAAAUAGGAUGGACGUAAAUAUCCUCGAAGAAAGUUUUUUAAAAAUUUAAUGAUAAAAUAGGGGUUUUCGGGUAUUUUUAGUACGAAUAUAUUAUUAUUUAUUUAUUUAUUUUUGUUUAACCAUGAGUUAAACCUUGGUGAUACGGAUGAAAUAACAAAAAAUUCAUGAGAAAACUAUUAUUAUUACUAUUUAUAAAAUUAUCUAGCAAUAGCAAAACAUUAACUAAUAAAGAAUUGACAUUAAAAUACCUAUAAUCUAUAUGUGUAUAUAAAAAUGAAUCUAAAUUUUGUUGUUGACGCUAUAAUUUGAAAAUAGAGACAGAUUUGGCUGAUUUUUUUUGUGGUUGUAUUUGUAAUUAUUAAGACAAGGUUUUUAUGAAAGAAAAUGUUUGAAAAAUUAGCCUGAAAUUUCAUAAAUUUAAACAGUAUGUUUAUAUGAAAAUCUCAAUACUUUUUUUAAAUUUCAUACUUAGCACCAAGGCAACCCGUAAAUCAACAAAAAUAAUUCAAUAAUUAACGUUCAGUUCUGAUGUUACAUGUUUUCAUAACAGCAUACUGAUGAUUAAUACUAUUAAAGAGAAUAUAUAAUGCCUAUAUAAUUAUUUUAUCAAAAUAUGACAUAUAUAUUAUUGACAAAGCAUCACUAUCAACUGAAUUCCGCUAAGAAUCGUUUUUUCGUUUAGUGGUUUAUCGUUGCUUACAGGUAUACAUCAAAUUACCAAUAACAGUGGCUGCAUCCGUCCCUAUUAUCCUAGGACUGCUUUUUUUUUACACUUCUAAGUCUUUGUUUAAAUUUGUUUGUACCCUGUUGGGGUAUUUAAUAAAAUAUAUAAAUAAAUAAUAUAAUUUGUUUUCCCAUUAAAUAAUUUUAACUUAACUCAGUUAUUUUGUUAAAACUUUAGUUAUUUCAAAGUCAUAACCUCAUAACAGGACCAGAAUGCUGCCUAUGCAGGUUAUGAGAUAUACACAGUCUAAAAAAGUUUAAAUAUUUAGAGUACUAAACACUUUUAUUGGUGUAUAAGUAAAGGUAAAUUUGAAAAAAUUAACUUUUUACUUUUUACUUUUGUCAAGUUAUAUAUUCCCGGAAAAUGUUUAACUUAAGUUAUUGGUUACUCUGAUUAUUACUUUAUACAUUAAAAGUGACUUUAUUUUGGCUGUUUUUAUUUUUUUAGGGCAUAUUAAUUUGAACUAAUUAAAAAAAUUGGUUAACUAAUCCAGCUUUGUAUAAAAGUCGGUGAGUAUUAAAAUCUAUAUAAUACUCAUAUAUACUCUCAUUACUUGUAUAUAAUAUUAUAAGAGAACUAAGAAGAGCUAUACAAAAAAAAAAUUAAAAAAAAUAAUAGGUAUAGAUACGAAUACAUUAAAAUAAUUGAAAUACAUAAAAAAAAAAUAAUCGUAGAUAGAUACACGCAAAAAGGAAAAUAUUAAAAACCAAAAAAAAUAAAAACGUAGUAUUUUUUUUCGUUAUUAUUAUGUAGGUAGAUCAUACUGAAUUUUAUUUCUCGGUAAAGAACACAUUUUAAUUAUCCGAGUUUCUAUUUGGGGUAUUUGAUAUUGUAAUAAUAAUAACACUCGCAAGUAUUAUAUAAGUAAAUACAUGUCAAUAUAUUAUUAUUACGCAUGUACAUAUGUUAUUUUAACAAAAACAAUAGACAUUUACAUUGUAUUUAACUUAUAACGCACGUAUAGGUCUGAGGAAUCUCGAAAAUAUAUAAUUUUCACAUAUUUUAUAUAUUAUAUAAUAUAAUACAUGCACACAUACAUACAUACAUACAUACAUACAUACAUACAUACAUGCACACAUACAUACGUACAUACAUACGGUUAUCGUGAAAAAAUCGACUUUCAAUAUUAAAUUUCCAAGAUAUUAAUAAAUAAAUACUAAGAAUGAGAAGCCUUUGAAAUCCAUAUAGGGUUAAAAUUCUGGCAGUGCCAAAAUCCCAACAGAUAAUACCAUAGAAUUCUCUAAGGUAACACGUAUCAUGGACCUGGCCAUCCUAACAAAUACUCAAUAUGAGAAUGCGAGACAGUCGACGACAUUUUAACGACAUUUUCAUCACUGGAUUUACACUAUGUCGUCAUUUUAACCGUCGGAAUUUUGACCCGGAUCCAUUAGAUAGGUAUUAUAUCCCCCCCCACCCACGGGUUCGUCUUUCAAUAAAUAAAAUACCGCUUAAAACAUUUUGCAUGUCAAAAUUUGAUAUAUCGUCAUCGUUAACAUAUAUUAUCUAGUAUUUUAUUCGCAUGUAGACAUUUUUUAUUUCCUGUAAUAGCCAUUUUUUCUUGUGUAAUAAUUCAAUCUACACAGAGUGAUUUUAGAUUCUGAGAGGAACGAAGAAGCAUAUGGUUUUACAAAGAUCUUAAAUUUUUUUUUUCUGUUCUGUUCUUUUUUAUUUUCUUAUGGAGAUCUUGCUCAGAUUUUUAUAUAUAAUAACUUUUCUGAAAGGAAAUCAGUGUAAAAAGGUACUUAACGGAGGUCAUUUUUCGAUUUUCCCAACAGUUUCUCAGAAAAUGUGACAAACAGGAAAAAUCAUGGGAAAACCGAGAAAAACGGGAAAUACAAUACAACAUUAAACAAAUAUUAUUAAAGAAAAUAUAUAAAGCCUAUUUAAUUAUUUAACUAUAAUAUGGCAUACAUAUUAUUGACAAAGCAUCACUAUUAACUGAACUUCGCUUAGAAUGGUUUUUUCGUAAGCAAUGGUUUAUCAUUGCUUCCAGGUAUACAUUAAAGUACCUAUAACAGUGACUGCACUCGUCCCUUUUAUCCUAGGUCGUCUUUUUUUAUAUAUAUAUAUUAUGAUUAAACCAAGAAUUUUACUACAAUAACGAUCGUAUGAAACGGUUUUUGAGAGAUCUCUGAAUAUUUUGUGUUGGGUGGGUACGUAAAGGCUACACUAUAGAUGAUAAAUUAUAUAAUGAUCUGUUCAAUUUGUAUGAUAACGUUACUAUUAGUUAUUAUUGUUUUACCUAUUAGAUAACUUAACGACAUUUUAAACCUGGAAUCUGUUUAUAGUUAAAAACAUAACAAAAUAUGAACACAAAUCGCCUUGUGUCGAUAAAUCGUUUUAUGUCGAAACAAAUAAGUAUAUGAUGAAUGCUUUAUCGUAAAAUAUCAGACUAAGUUCAAUGAAAAUUAGAACGCAAGAUAACGAAAUUUAGUCCAUUAAAUUAGAUAUUAAUUUUAAUUUUCUUAAUGCCUCUAAUUCUAUCUUGGAUAUAAUCUUUUGCUCUAUUAAACAGUUAAGUGUUGAAAAAUCAUGUGAGCCAUUUGUGUUUAUUGACAAAUAUCACCUUGUAUUAAAUUUACAAUUAUCCUCUAUUAUUACUUAUCCUAGCUGUGAUCGCAGUCAUUUGUACUACAAUUUAUGUAGAGCUAACUCAAGUAAUAAUCGCCAAUUUAUCUCAUCAUUCGAUUGGUAUACUACAUUUCUCCCACUCGAUGUUAACACAGCUGUUAAUAUUUUUUAUGGUGGUUUACAUAAAUCAGUUAUCGAUUUUGUUCCUCAAUGUAAAUUUUACGAAUCUACUUAUCCUCCUUGGUUUAAUAAAGAGCUAAAAAGAAUAUUAUAUCUUAAAAAAAAGCACACGCUAAAUUUAAGUCCUUAUCAAACAUAUUUCAUUAAAUUAAUUCUUAUAUCUUCGGAUAAAAUUUAAAUAUACAUCUAAAAAUUGUUCUCAUGAAUACAAUACUUAUGUCGAAAAACAACUCAAAGAUAAUAUAAAGACGUAUUUUGGAAAUAUAUUAAAAAUAAACGGUUCAAUAACAGUAUACCUAAAGUUAUGUCCUUUAAUGACGUAAGUUCCUCUGAUGAGCUUAUGACUGCAAAUGUAUUUUCUGAAUUAAUUUCCUUGGUUUAUAGCACUAGAAAGAAUGACGUCGCGAUUGAUCAACUAGGAAUACCCACCUUUCAUCUACCAAACAAUGCACACUUUAAUGUUGAUUAUGUUUACUACAGGCUGUCUAGUUUACGGAGUGAUAGUUCUGUUGGACUUGAUGGCCUUUCAAUUAUAUUUUUAUAUGAACUAAAGGAAAUGUUGGUAUAUCCUCUAUGGGUCUUAUUUGGGCAUUCUUAAGACAAUGGUUCGUUCCCAUAUGUGUUUCAACUUAACUCAAUUACACCUGUUUCAAGUCAGGGUUUCAUAGUCUUAUUUCGAAUUAUCGGCCGAUAACUAUACAAUCUCAUAUUGCAAAAAUAUUUGAGUCUCUAAUCCUUAAUGGAAUUCAAAGACCAACAAACAACAUUCUAAUAGAAGAACAGCACGGUUUUCGUCCAGAUCGUUCUGCUUCCACCUGUAAUCUUCUAUUUUCUAGCCAUAUCUUUAAUUCUUUUCAAAAAUAAUCCCAAGUAGAUGUAAUAUAUAAUGACUUUAUGAAUGCUUUUGACUCAAUAGAUUAUGGUACUCUUAUUCUUAUAUCAAGGGGGUCACCUGUCUCCAAUUUAUUAACUGUGUCCAUUAUGUUCUGCACCAUUGCGGUUUUUUAUGUUUUGCUAACGACAUUAAACUCUUUAUGCUCUUUAAGCUGAAAUCGACAGAUUUUCUGUUUGGUCCAAUAAAAUGGAUUUAUCACUUAAUCUAUCCAAAUGUAAAGUCUUUACGUAUCAUAGGAUACAACUACCAAUUGAUUUCAACUAUAGAAUUAACGAAACAAAUAUUUUGCGUGAAUUGAAUUCUAUUGUGGAUCUUGGCUUUAAAUUUAUUUAUAAUCUUGAUCCCAAGUUGCAUAUAGAUUUUGUGUGCUGCAAAGCAUUUAAAGGACUUGGUUUUAUAACGCGCUUGGCUAAAGAUUUUAAACAAGGAGUGUCUCUAAAAAUGUUAUUCUGUUCUGUUUUCAGACCUAUUCUUGAAUAUGGUUUUAUAGUAUUUUUAUACUGUCAGUGAUUUACUGCAGCUUGAGCGAGUGCUGUGAAAGUUUUUGCGUUUUGUUAGAUUCAUGCUCAAUAUACAUUGUCCUUUACACCAGCAGUUCCCAACCGGGGGAAUUUAGUUACUGCUCGGGAGGGAAUAUAGUGACGAUAAAAUAACGAGAUUUUUGUCGUUAAAAUUGUUAUGCCAUUUUACAAUCAGUAAAAUUGAAAAAAAUUAAUUAAUUUUCGAACGAUCGCCAUAUCGAUGAAAAUUUUACGAGUAUUCAAUAAUGAUUGACCUCUUUGCAGGUAACCUAAUAUUGAUUUACGUUUAAUUCGCACGAUUGUACGGCUAUCUGUCGGCCCCCGAUUACGGAUAAUCAUUAAUCCACUAUUAAAUAAUACAAUUUAAAUAUAAACCAAAUAAUGCGUUGAAAUGUUGCUGUCUAGACGCGAGAUUAAUCACACUCUACCGUCUUAUUAGUGUACUUUUUACGGAUAAAUAAAUACCACUCAUAUAUUGAUAUGUGUAAUAUUUAAGGAAAAGAGGACGCGGAAAUUUAUUCGAAAGGGAAUUAUUGUCUAUUCAAAUACAUUUUCAAACGAAAAAUUUCGUUAAAAUACGGCGUAAUAUACACGCAUUCUUUUGGGGUUACGGGUGUAAUGUUUGACCUUCUUUUAAACAGUUGCUGACUCUUCCUGCGUCAUAUUAUUAUAAUGAUUGAAAAUAAACAUAAAUCGAAUUUACAUGAAAUCCUCCGAGAAAAUCAAUGGACCGUGAUAAAAAAAUUGUAUUAAAAAUCAUCCUGUAUUAUAAAUGUGUAAACGCGUGUAACAUAUCAUGUAUUUUUUCUUGAAAUUUAACAACAAGAAUAUUCAAUAAUAUAGACAUUUUUUUCAUGUUAUAAAAAGGCGUAUUAUUUGCACACGUCAUUGGUUUAUAUCGAAAGAUGCAAUUAUACCGGAAUUUUAUUUUUAUUUUAUAAAAUGGGAUGGAAAAAAAAUGAUUGUUUAUUUUUAUUGCAGGUUUUCAGGUGACCGGCUAAAUAUUAUCAUUGCCGUUGCUUACACCGUAUAAUAUUUUAGAUCCUGAGAGAAUCGAAGAAUCAAUUGAUGUGUAUUUUUUUUUCUAUCCGUAAACAACCUUUCUCUUAAAAAUCGUGUUCCAAUCAAAACAUUACAAAACUAGUUCUUUAGAUUAAAAAAAUUAAAAUAUUUAAAAAAAGAGAACGGUGUGGCAACCGUCUUUGUUUAUUUUUUGUUAUUAUUAAGUUUUAUUAUUUUAAUCUUAUUAGUAUUUCAUGGAACAUUUGAGUGUAAAACGAAAUUUAGAAGACUAUCUGAUGAUCAAGAUCCUGACUAUCUUUUUUUGAAGGGGGGUGGAAAACUCCUACCUACUUUUGAUUUUAAAAUGGCAACCUAUAUUAUACAUUUCUUAACUAGACGAAGUGAAUUUUGGUAUUAACAAUUUUGAUUUCGUUGACGAGAUAUUCCACUUUUGAAUAUGCGUAUAGAGGAAGAAUAGGAAAACACUAAUCAAACGCCAUGUACUUUGCUACCUCACAAGAGAUGCACAAAUGAUUGUAAUAUACUUCCAUAAAUUAUACUAACAAUAAGCUACUACGUAACAAAAUUUUCAUUUAAAUAGUGAAAUCACUCUAAAAUUUCUAAAUGUUAUUAUAAUUUUAAAUAAUAAUGUUAAUAAUACCCAUUACCCAGUGUUAUCUAUUAUCUAAAUAUACCGGUGUUGUUAUAAGUUAAAAAUGUGUAUAUUAUACAAUAUAAUAUAUUAAAAUAUACAUUUUUUAAAUAAAAUCAUAAUUUGUUAAAAAAAAAAAAAAAACAAUGUUCAAAGUUUACUUAAGAAUUGUAUAAUUUACUUUGGAAGUAAAAUUAUUUUGAAGUAGUUGUUCAACUGAUCAACUAUAUUUUACUAGUAGCUAUAGUUACGAGUUAUUUUUUUCUUUAAGUAUCUCAUAUUAACUUAUUGAGGCUACUAAAUCAAGGUAUGCCAGUAAACACAGUUAUUAAAAUCCAACAAUUUGCUCAGCUUUAAGGUUUAUAUAAAAUUAUUAUUAUAAUAUUUUAAUAAAUUUAAAUCAAUGAUAUUUUAUCACGAAUGGGUAUAGUACAAUAUGGUACAGUAUACGACGAUUUUGAUUAAAUUUGAUUUUAGUUGGUUUUUUUUUUUACAGAUAUUAGUUAUAUAAAAUCUUGACCACAAAUAUUUUUUGCCACAUUUAACAUGACCCACAUUUCAAAUAUUUGAAAAAUUUGAUAUAAAAAUUCCUUUAUAAAAAAAAAAUACUCCAUUUAUUUGAAAUUUUUUUUUAACCCUAAGUAUGAUUUUCAAUAAACCUCCUGUUCAUUUUCCAAGAAUUUCUGUCAAGUCUGAACAUUUUACCACAGAGUACCUACCGAAUAAAAAUUAUGUACGAAAUUUACAAAAUUAAAAUGUUUAUAAAUAACUCAAAAAUGGCUUAAAUCUUUUUAAAAAUUUUACCACGUCUAGAAGAAGUAAAUAUAAGUUUUUUGUUCAAAUUUCUAGUCCAUAAAGUCAAUACAAAAUAUUUUUAACUAAAUUUCAACAAAAAAAUUAAAAUUUGUAUAAAAAGAUUAAAAAUAACUCAAAUGUUUUGAAAAUGUUCCUAUAGAAAAGGUAAAUAUAUAAUGUACAACAGUUUUCUAUCUAAAUUUCAAGUAUAAGUAUCUACGAAUAUGUUUAACCGUAUCACAACAAAUAUUAAAAUUUAAAAAAAACGUCAUAGGAUAAUGGGGACAAAAAUUUUUUUUCAGAAAUGGGUUUACAUCGUAUUCAUCGGAGCAAGAUUUCUGGUAGCAUUUUUGUACAAAGUAAACAAAAAUAAAAAAAUAAAAAUAAACAAUCUUUGUAAAAUCAAUACUUUCUUUGCUACACUUAGAGUCUAAAAUAUUAUAAAAUAUAUAUAUUUUAAAUAAACUAUACAGCCACUAUCAGGUGGAAAAUCGUUCAAAGUACAAGUUCAGACCAAAUUAUGUGUCACAGUUUUGAGUGUACCGGUAUAGAAUAUUUCUAAACCCAUCCACCUACUCUUAAAAGUGUAACAUAAAAUUGGAUGACGAUUUGAAAAUUUAAAGUUGAAAAAAAAUUCAAAAAUAGCCCUGCACAAAAUAGCUGUAAUACUAUUUUCUAGGAAUAAAAACAUUUUUUCACUGUAGUAUCACUACAAUAAUAUAUUGUUAUCGCAGUAAUACACGAAUGUUUCGACGAGAUUAUAUUAUUUUUUCCAGACACGCGAAAGGUCACGUAAACUGCAUAUUAUUAUAGUGUCUCUCUACCGACUUAUAUAUAGGGACUUUGAUAUCUGCUAUAAAACGGGCAGGUGGAUAACAUUUGUCGCGGGUGAUACGACUGCAACAUACACGCGGUUCGCAGUAUUCGCACUUGGCGUCACAUGCAUUUUUUAUCGUUCCUUACCCAUCGAACGCAAACUCGGUACUUUAUUAGUCUUGCAGACAUACUGACAUUGAUGAAAACAUGCAUAAUAUGGAAAGCCGUUGAAUGAAUCCAGGAGAAAAUAUCCGUUAAAAAAUUCGAGUGAAACGAUUGUGUAACGUGACUAUUUAAAAUGUGUAAAUUAUGCGUCCAAGAAUUCUUAAUGGAACUUACUCGGUCUUGGGAAGUGAGAACCGGAGAAUAUAGUAUUAUAUGAUAGAGAAAGAUCGAAAAUCUUAUAAAUUCUCUAGGCCUAAAUGACUAAAUAGCUUAUAAAUAGCUUGUUUUUAUCCUCAAGAACAACUUAUGAUUGAACCUCGUAUAAAGUUUCAAAUAUUUUAACUGAGCCAAACAAAUUUCAUUGACAUAAAACGAAACAAAAACUAAAAGAAAACUCGACAAUUUCUAUUAGCUAUAAAUAGCUCAGAAAUCGUCAAGAAGUUUUUGAAAUUUUACCUCGUUUAUAAAGGGCUUGUAUAUAAGUAGGUAUUAUAUGAAAAUGUAAAAUCUCUUCGAUUAUUCUUUACCCAAUUACAAGAAGGAACAAAAUCGAAAAUAACGGAAAUCGUUGUUGCGUAAAUAUUCCUGGUUUUCCUGAAUUAUUAAGAAAACUACGUAGAAAAUUUAAAUACCAAAUAAAAAAAAUUUGAUUAUAGAAAAAAAUGCUAAGGUUGAUGACGAUUGGAGUAAGAUUUCUAGGACAAAAGUUUUUCACAGACAGGAAAAUUAAUAAAAACACAUCAUAGUAAAACCAAUACAGUUUUCAUUUCGCUCAGUAUCUAAAAAACAAAAAACAAUGUGAUGGUAACUUCAGCUAAUCUUAAAAAACAAAAAAGAAGCAAACAUAGGUAAAAAGUAAAUACGUUUUAUUAAAUAAUUGUUUUAUUCGGUUUUAAUUGUACACAAUGAAAUGAAUAUUCAGUCGUUUAAAUAUAGCUUGGGAUUUUUCGUAGUAUGGGUAUACCCACUAUUUUAGUGGCGUGGUAAACAUUUAUGAACAAUUAUACACAACAUAAUAUAUUUGAGCACCCAUCCUAUUUACAUCAUAAAAUAGCCCCCACCCUGUACCUAUAUUCUUUUUUUUCUAUUUUUAUCCACUUGGUCAACUGUCCUUAGGUCAAUUAACAAGGGAAACAAAUUAGCAUAGGUAGGUAAGAACCUAUAAGUAACUAUGUACGAUAAACUCAAGGACUCAAUUUGAUAAAUACCUCAGUCUAGCUAAUUCUACACCCUGUUUAUAUUCUUCACCAUACGUUUGGCGGUGUAAAAACGAACACAAAAUUGUACUGUAAGUUUUAAUGCUAAUGGCAUUGAAGAUUUAAAUCGAUCCAAUUUAAUAGUUAAUAAUGGACCAUCUACGGUUUUUUCGUGAAAAAAACCAUCAUACAUUUAUCUACAUAAUAUUCGAUCGUUGAUUAUAGGUAAAUAGAAUUAAUUAAUAUUGAUUAUUACUAAAUACUAAAUGCAUAUUGUUGACGUUCUUCUACUAACCCACACCCACAAACCCUGCAGUUUUCACCAUGACGCAUGUAGGCGUAUUCAUCGCGUCACUGGGUAUACCUCUAUCGUUAAACUUCGCUGUAAUUUAUAACCAAAGUAAAUUCGACUCGAUUAUUUGAACCGGAAAUAAUUCGUAUUUUGAUUGUCCGUGUAAAUAAUAAUCAAUACGAAACGUAUAAAAUAUUAUAGACAUGUGUAUUGUGUAUAUUUACACUUGUGUAUUGUGUACUCUAAAAGGGUCUUAUACGAAUCCAGCUGUCAGGCGACGCAGGGCUAUUGAUAUUCGACGGGUAACAUGACAACAAACACGUUGCGCUCGUUGUCGUAGGUAACUUUACUUAUUUUUUUUUAAUCGUUUUUCCCUUCUUUCCGAGCCAAAAAACCAUCCCCGCGGUUAGUAGUCGUUGUGCACGCGCGUUCGCCGGACGAAUAAUUAUACGCGAAUGUGAUAACCAACGCACGCGGUUAACCAUUCCGUUUUAAGGCGCCUUUGAAAAAUCCGUCGAUAAUUUUUUGUUUUAUAAUUCCUACGGUUUUCGAUCGAUCGGACCGGUUUAGUUACGUCGUUACUAUGGCACUUUAAAUCCAAUUGUCAGACCGAAUAAUUAUUUUAGUAUAAUUGUAGACAUUGAAAUAGAGUGUUGACGGUCGUUCCUCGGUAAACACGACAACGGGAAACACAUUGCCACUUGCACUCACUCGCUGUAUACAACUUUUUGUCCGACAGACCGGAGGACGAACUCGUCGGAAUGACGGAUUACGAAUCUGGUAAUAAACACUGAAUAAUAAAUGUAUGGUAUUUGUAGAUGGAUGUGGUAUAAAAUAAUUAUUAUUGCGUAAAGGUAUAUAAUUUUAGAUUUUGACCUAUUUAGAUUAAUACAGUACACGGUGGAGUGAGUACUUACGUACUUCUUGAUUUAUCGGUUUUAAGUUUGACUUUAAACUCGCGACCUAUGUAGGAAACUAGUAUAGUUGGGUACUUUCUGUUUAUAUUAUCACCUACCUAGAGUAACUUCCCAACAUAAACGAGUUUAUUUCGAACCGUGAAACUUUUGACUGCGGGUGUUUGGUAGAGAGCCUAAAUACAGUAAGAUAGUGACCGACCCCUGUCCGCAUAACGCAGUCUGAUUGGUUGACCUGUUACCUAUAUCUGCGGACAGCUAUUUUACAUAAGUUUAUUUAUUAUUAUCAUAAACAUUUCAACAUUUUCUCUUAAAAAAAAAUUCUUCUCAAUUCGGACAAAAAUAGAACCAUGGAUAAUAUUUAUUUAUUUAUAUAUAUAUAUAAAUAUAUGUUAUUGGACUUAGAAGACUAUAUGACCAAAUUAAAUCUGCUUUAACUUCAAAAAUAUCUUCUCCUUCCCCAUCUCUUGUUUCGAUAUUUUCUCCAAUCUCUCCUCUCCUCACUUACACUUUUCGGUAUCGGAAAAUUAUUGACACUAAUCGAAUACAUUAAUUGCACAAAUUCUAGAUGGACACUCAGCACAAUAUCCAUUCAUUAUGUUAUAUAUAUAUACUGUAUUGUAUCAAGAUUCGGGAUUUAUAGAACUUAAAAUUAACCACAAAACACUUAAAAGACGUCAUUAUAAACACUUUAAUUGCUAAAAGUGCAACAUAUACGCUUAAAAACAAUAAAACACUAAACAUAGAUACAUUUCAUUUGGUUUUUGAUUCAUAAUAGAUUAUUGGCACAAAAUAAUAAAAUUAUUACAAAAAUAGGAAAGAUACAUGUUUUGACUAUUAAUAUACUUAAUAUAAUUAUAUACUUUUAAAAAUAACAGUUGACAAUAAAUGAAUUCGAAAAAUAGUGUUUAAAUAAAAUUUAACAACGGUUAUUGGUUAAUACAUUUUCGUAAAGGUCAUUCUCUCAGAUUGUACUCUACAACGUACUUUAUUAUAUGAAAUCAUGAUUUUGAAGAUUUUUUGGAAGGUUGUUACCAUAUUUUCAUUGGUAUUGUUGCUUCUUUUACCGACCUAAUUUUCGAGUGUCUUAAAAUUAAUUUUUCUCGGUGAUUUGUUUAAAUUUAUUGCACGUAAAUAGUAUAAUGCUGAAAUUGAAAAUUAUAUUGUUCCUUAACUGAGGGAAAAAGGAAACGUCCUAGAAAAUAAUAUACUAUUCAAUUCACUUAUUUAAGUGAAUAUAGUAAUACUUUUAAAUUCUAAGUGUAGCGAAGAAUGUGUUAGUUUUACUAAGAUCUUUUUUUUCUUUUUUUUUUUUCAUCCUGUGUACAAAAAUUCGACCAUAAAUCUUGCUCAGAUAUAUACGCACGGCACCAUUUCUCAAAGGAAAUGUUGUCCAGAUGGUACUUUUGGAAGGUCAUUUUUUGAUUUUCCAAGUGGUUUUCAUAAUAUAUGGGAAAAACCAGAAUAAAAUGUAAGAAAAACGGAGAAUUUACGAAAUUAAUGCAUUUAUUAUUUUUUAAUUUUGUUAUUGUUGUAAUUCAGUUGAAAAUAUUAGUAUAGACUUGUACAUUGGACAGAUAAUUUAUAUUUGUCUUUUUUAAAGGUGGUGGAAUUUUCAAAAAAUUUAAACCAAUUUUGAGCUAUUCAUAGACGUUUUAAUUUUUCGAGUUUUGUACGUAAUUUUUAUUUAGUAGGUACUCUAUAGUAAAAUUGGUAGACUUUAUUAUCCGAGAACGUCUUUUUUUAUUUUAUGCAAUUAAAUUGAUAAUGUUAUAAUAACAAAAAAAACUAAAUCACACGCAAAUUUAAAAUAUCUACUGUGAUAAAUAAAAUGUAUAAACUUUAAUUUAAUCGUAUGCGUAAUAUACAGGUAAAACGUACACCGAUUUUCUCCGAUCACAGAUCAUAUCUACCCUAUUGUACCCCGUGAGGUAUAUUUUUCUUUAUAUACGUUGUUGAUGAACACUAAACAUAUAGUUUUGAAAAUUCCUAUUAUUGUUAAAACAAAAUCAAGUACAUGUGUGAAAAAAAAAUAAAAUUAGAGUAAACGAAUAACACGUAAAUCAAAGAUACAAUAACAGUAUUAUUAUUUGUUAUUAUAUCAAAAAACUAAUAAGAGAUGUUUGUCAUGAUUUGAAUAUUUUACUGAUAACUGAUAAGAUAAUUGAUAAUCGUAUAUUAUAUUCUUGUAGCAUGAUAUCUAAAGACCAAGGAUCUUUUUUAUCCAGUUUUUAAAUUAGAAUUACCAGUAUUAAAUACAUAUGUUAUGGCCCAAGUAUAACAUUUGGGCAUUUUAUACAAUGUCCGGUCGUUUUAUAAAAUGUCUUUCGUAUAUUGGUCAACAUAGAUUAUGUCGAUAUGAUAUAAUUAAUAGUGAUAUAUAUAUAUUUAUUUAUAUUAUUAAAAAUAUGUAAUUUUUUAAAAUUUUAAUAUCAUUUAUUGUUGCAUGUACAUUAUAAUACUGCUUCCGUGUUAUUGUACAUAGUCGCUCUGCUUCUUUGCAUUUGCACCUGCAAGUUUUACAUUUUUGUACAUACGUGCAUCGGUCUUAGCCUUGAUCACCCAAAUUGGAAAUUUGUCAUGCUGUCAUGCGUAAUUAUUGUAAUUUGAUUUGGAAUAUUAAAAAUAAAAGUAAAAUAUUUAUAGGUACCCGAAAGAAUAACUCCAAUAAUGUUUCUUAAAUAACUAUGGGUCCUAUUGACGUAUGAAUUUAUUUUAACUAUUAUUGACCGACCAAGAUCACCGAGACGAAAACUCAGAAGCUUACUUUAUUUUAGAUUCUGAGUAGAGCAAAUGAUUUUCCAAUAAUGUUCGUUUUUUUCUGUGGACAGCUUUUCUACUAAAAAUUUUGGUCCGAUUUUUAAUGACAGCACUUUUUCUGAAGGAAAUUGGACUGGCGAAGUACUUGAAGUAGACAAUUUUUUGAUUUUUUCAGUUUUCCCAAUAAAUGGGAAAACUCGAGAAAAACGUAGAGAAAUCGGAAGAAUAGGUAUAAUGUUAAAAAUAUUAUUAUAUACAUUAUAUUAUAAUAUUCAGUUGAUACAUUUUCUUUGCCAACAAUGCAUAGAUCAUAUUAUGGUAAAAUAGUUACAUAUACAUUAUAUAUUUUCUUUAACAAUAUUUGUUUUAUAUUUUACCUAUUUUCUCAUUUUUCCUACGUUGUUUCCAUUUAUUAGAAAAACUCUUUAUAAAAUCAAAAAAUUACCUCCCUAAAGUACUACCUCAGUCCGAUAUCCUUUCAGAAAAGGUGCUACAUUUAAAAUCAGAGCAAGAUUUCUUGUAGAAAAGCUGUCCACAGAAUAAAAAAAAAUUAACCAAUAAAUAAACGUCAUUGUAAAACCAUAAGUUUCUUUGCUCCACUUAGAAUCUAAAAAUAUUAUUAUUUUAUAGGUAGAAGAUGGGUACCGUCUAUAUUUUUGAUGCCAUCGUUAUAAUCCAAAUCAGGAAACAACGUAUAGUUUAAACAAAUAAUAGUCCGUGCCUAAUCCGGCCCUGGUAUUUCCUAUGCUCUACGAUUAAAUAUCACUAUCUACAUAGCAAAUAUUGUAUACUUUGCACGUAACACAUACGUAUAUAAAAACGUCUCAUUUUCGUCCAAAUGACUGUUCUGUCCUACGUUCCUCCGCUGCGCUUAACGGUCAAUUAUAUUUAUCAAUAAGGACUAUUUUUCUAAUUAUACGACAUGCAAAUUGGCGUGCAUUUAUAAGGUAAUAUUUUGCACGAGAAUUUCGAAUGCUUAAUUUUUAAUAAUAACUCAACCGAAACCAGUUUAAAUUCACGCUUAUAAUAUAUUGUAAAACUUUUCAACUCUGGCUACACAAUAGCAGCUUUUUCGUAUCUAUAGUGUUAAUACGAUAAAUAAUACAGGAUUACCGCAGGGAUUCUUUUUACAUAUUUUAUAAACUUUCAAUCGGCUGAAUAGGAAAGUUUUAUUGGUUUCCAUUCGUGUUGCAACAUUUUGUAUACCUACUCAAUGAUUAAAAAUAAAAACUUUUCUCAGCCCUUGUAUAAUAAAUAAUAUAUACACUACACAGUGAGGUACCUAUUGAUGUUUUAUUUUGCCAAAAUGUUUUUAAAUAUAAGCAUAUCUAUAUAUUACGAGGGUUGUCCCAAAAGUAAUGCACAAUUUGCUCUGAAUAAAUAAGUUUUUGUUUUAAACUAAAUACAAUAUUAUAGACCUUCGAUAUAACCUCCCUACUUGUCUAUACACGAUUGCCAUCGUUUCGGGAGCGCUUGAAUGCCGCAUAGGACGCCAUCUUUGUUGAGUUCACGGAUCCUUCGGCUCACUUCUUCAUUUAGUAUAUCUAAGUUGGGAAAACGGAUCCCUCUAAGUGGUUCCUUCAGUUUUGGAAAUAAAUCAAGGUCCGGGGGACUUAAAUCCGGCGAAUACGGUGGGUGUUUGAGGCGUUCCGAUCCAUAUUUCUCCAAAAGAGCGACGACUGGUGCUCCGAUAUGCGGCCGCGCAUUAUCGUGCAAUAUAGACACACCAUUUUGUAACAUUCCUGGUCGCUUUUUACGGAUUUCUGGUCGCAAUUUUUUGGCAAGGAAUGUUUUGUAGUAAUCCCCGAUUACACUACUGCCAAUUGGAACUCGAUCAGUGACAAUUAUCCCAAAUUUAUCGUAAGCAAAAAUCAUCAUUUGUUUCACCUUUGUUUGCUGGCGACGAACUUUUUUUGCUCUUGGUGAUGUUAUUCCCUUCCAAAUAUUGCUUUGAGAUUUUAAUUCCGGCUCAAAAUCACGGAUCCAAGUCUCAUCUAUUGCAAUUAUACGAUCAAGAAACGUUUCUUUUUCAUUUUCGUAGCGAGAAAAGAGUUCACGGCAGAUGUCUUUGCGUGUAUCCUUCUGUUCCGGUGACAGAAAAUGAGGCACCCAACGUGCUGCAAUCUUUCGUUUCUGUAGAAUUUCCGUUAAAAUGCGGUGAACACUUGAUUUUGAAAUACCUGUUUCAUUCUCUAUCUCUCUCACCGUUAUUCGUCGGUCUUCAUCGAGUAGAGUUGCGAGAAUAGCCGCGUUAGUGUUGUCUUGAGUAACCGUAAAGGGUCGGCCAGAGCGAGGGUUGUUAUCAAUACUUAUACGACCAUCCCGGAAUCGCUGAUGCCAUCUUUGCACCGUACUACGAUCCACAGUAUCCGUUCCACACACUUCAUUUAACGCGGCAUGAAUUUCAGGCACUGUUUUACCACGAAUCGUUUCGAUUUUAAUGUAUGCGCGUUGCUCAAAAACAGAAAUGUGAGCCGACGAAUUGUUCUCAUUUUCGUUAUCGCUCUCACACAUCAUCAUACUUUACUAAAACAACUAAAACUGAAAACGCACGUGUUCGUUAGACUUCAAGCUACAAACUGAUACUAAAAUCAGCUGAUAAUAUCACAUUGCAAGACAGCUAGAGCGCACUAUGCAUUACUUUUGGGACAAUCCUCGUAUUACCGUUCAUCUAUUAUCUAUAACGUGAACAACAUGUUAUAUUGUGUUUUAGAUUCUGAGCAGGGCGAGUUUUACAGUUUUUUUUUUCUUUGGACAAAUUUUCUACCAGCAAUUUUGCUCCGAUUUCCAAGUACAUACAGAACAUUUCUGAAAGGAAAUUUGGAUUUUUCAUAAUAAAUGGGAAAAUGGGAAAAAAAAUCGGGAAAAUGUAAUGUACGAAAUGUAUUAUUUUCAAAUCGUAAAUAUUACGGAUUUUUGAAACAUGUAUAGGUAUAACCAAACUCCUCUCAGAAUCGUUUUUUUGUUAGCAAAGCAUCGACUAGUGCUUCGAAUUACCCAUUACAAGUGUAUACAUAAUCUUAGAAGAACACGUAUAUUUAUGAAAAUAUUCAAUUGAUAAGAGUAUUAUAAUUACAUAAAAUUUGUAUUUUUAUAUUUUGGUAAAGGUGUUAUACUUAGUGUGUUAACCUUAAUACCAAUUUUAAAAUAGAUGAGAUUAGUAUAAUCUGUUUUGUCGUUCUAUUUACUGAAUAAACGUGCUAUAAUAGUAAAUUGUUCGUUUUAAAUCAACCAUCUGAACAAUUUUAAAAAUGUUAGUUACCGCGUUUAUCAAGCGACCAUUUCAGUUUUCAUAAAACAGAUUUACAUAUUUAUAUAAUUUACCGAAAUGUAAUAAAUUCUUUAAUUAUAACAUUAAAUUAAAGUUCAACAGCCGUGACAUCUAACAGAAUCACGGGCGUUCACACAGAAAUUGUAUACUUAGAUCUCCAUUUGUGUUCUAUACUCGUAUAUAACCAUAACGCCGUAUCCUAACUGAAUUCGAGCGAUGCGGUGCUUGCAUCGCGUGCAGUGCGGAAAAAAACAAAUCGGGUAAAAUAAGUACAGAUAUCCUAAUACAACCGCAAAUAUAUGUGGUGCGGUAAAAUUGCCCGCACCGCACCGUACGCAAAAUUUGAUAACCAGACAAGUGUGAUUUUAUCUUGCGGUACGGUGCGGCAAUGACCAUGACGACGGGCAAUAUACCUACAACAUUAGGAUUGAAAUUCAAUACUUGGAUAAUUGUAAAAAUUUUACAAUUAUCCAAAAAAUAUCUAAAUGCGUCUCUGCCUGCAGACAAUUAGAACGAGUACAGCGCAAAUUUCUUUCAUGCAGCUUUUCUGCUUGAAAUUGAUCAUCCUCCACAUAUUUACUACCCCAUCCUCUGUAAACUUAAUUGAAUAGCUUAGCUAACUGCAGACUCUCUGCCAAUAUUAACUUUCCACAGAAACUCCUUUUCAACAAAAUUGAUUGCCCGUUUUUACUUUCUAAACUUAACUUUUAUAUUUCUUUUCGUAUUACCCGUUCAUCUAAAAAUUGUAUUUCUUCUUUUACGCUCUGCUAAUUACGAACUCAAUGAACCAAUUAUCCGCCUUAUGUUUACUGCCAAUUUCAACCCUUUUCUCUUUUGUUCUUAAUAUUUUUCGUAUAUAAACUAACACUUGUCUCUUCUUCGAACCAAAAUGUAUAUUUUAUGGUUAACUUGUAAUUUUUCUUGUAAUUUAAUGAAUCUGAAUAACUUGUAAUUAUGUUUCCGUAUGGGCGCAAACCUGUUAUUAUAAAUAAAUAAGUAAAAAAUAAUAAUUAUUAAGAAUUUAUUUUUUAAUGCUCGACUUGUCGAUGGUGAUUCAAACGUUUGUUUUUUUUUUCUUCUGUAAUUUACCAGAAGAAUGCCUUUUUUGAACAUUUUCUUCCAUUAGGCCGCGAUUUUACACACGUAUGUCACUGCCUCGGGGUCGUCGGCAUUGAUGUGGAAAACCGAAGUGAAUGAUUUUCUGGCCGUUAUCGAUUAGGUGAACGAUGCCGUGAGCCGUGGUUGGGAUAAUUCAAAAAUCUUGUAGACAUCGUAAUAAAAAAUAAGAAAAGUAGUGAAUGGGAGUUGUCAACAUUUUUCAAAUGCAUUUUUCCCUAAUUCAAAAGUGUUUUCUGAUUGAAUAAAUAGCUUCUUUUUUUUUCAAUACUUUAGGACUUAUGAUUAUUUUUAAAUUUUACAAGUUUAAAAAGAUCAGUUUUAACGUGAAUUGAAAUAUUUCUUACCAAACGUCAGAUAUACUAAGGUUACCAUACUAAUAAGGACGUGUUAAUAACGUUAUCAAUUCGAGAUAUAUGAUAAAGCGUGAUUUUAGUCAGAGUGGUAUCCCACUAGAUCAGAAACGAGUAAGACAUAUCUGAUUCCCGCCAAUAAUGAUCGCUUUGAAUACUUUUCAAUUUAUUGAUUUUUAAACUCAAUUUGUAAAAAAUUAAAAGGUCAACAUGAAAAAUUAAUUUCAUUUCCGAGAUUACCGUGUUUAUUACAAUAAGAUUUGUGGAUUUAAUCAAACAUUUUUUUUUAUUCUUUACAACCUCCGUUCUUCAGUGUAAAUUUUGCUGAGUUCCGUGGGAUUGGUAGUAUUUGGGUAACACUAUGUUGGAUGAAGGAAAAGUGGACAAUGUGGGAGUUACCCUGGGUGGCAUAUUUUUAAGAGCGGGCAUUGUUUUGAAGACGAAAACAAACGAUUUGAAAGUUUUCUAAUGUAUUAUAUUUAAAGUAGUAGUAUUAUAACACACUGAAUACAUAUUGGUAUUUGUUGUGUUCCCUUUAUUCUAAUUUAUAACCACCUGGGCUGAUUAUUAGAUUUGAUAAUAUAAUAUGAUUACAAAUAUUUAUUUGUACCCACACUGCCAAGUAAUUUCUUUCGUCAUGUCGAGUUGUCUAAAAAAUGAGUAUUGAAUCAAUUUUUAAAGUAAAAUUAACUAGUGGCUCUUCUAAAUUUAAUACAUUUACCAUAUUAAACAGUGGACAUUACAACAGGUUUUUAUUACUGAUAAUUGAUAAUUAUUAUAUAUAUAUAUAUAUCACGGGUACAAGUUUCCUUGAUAUUAAUAUUUGAAAUCAAUGAAAUUAAUUACGUAAGAGAAGAUGUUUGAAGACUACACUAAUAAAUAAACAUUACCCAUAACAAAUAUAAUACGUACCUACUAUAAUAUUUGAUUUACUUAUUACAAUUUUUAAAUUCCUCGAGAUAAGCGGUAUAAAUUGUUAUGAUGUGUUAACGACGAAGAAGAACAUUCAAUAUGUUUGUGCAGAUUUAUGUAAUUUAAAUUUUGUUUUUUUUAGUUAGUCAUUAUUCUGAUUUUUCUAAUUAUGUACCGUUAAUUUAACAUACGCACAACACAACUUUUUUUUCUUAACUUUAUUAGUUAAGAAAAAAUUUAUUUUUAUUAAUGACCUUUAUUUUUGACCAAUAAUUAUUAUUUUCAUAUUUUUUUCAUGAAUUGGACAGUCCGAUACUCCAAACCGAUCAAACCAUACAAAAGAGUUGAUCUCACCACACCUUAUACCUUUAUGUGUCACUGGAAUUUUUUUGUCACAUAAAACACAUGACGCUUUUCUCCACUUAAUGCAAUAACAUUGAAUUCUAUGUUACACAUACUUUUUUUUUUUUGUUUGUUUCCGCAUGCAUCCAAGAUGGAAAAAUUCACACAAAGACUCCUAAAAAUUAUUUGACAACAUUUUUACACCAGCCGUCGACCUGACGCGACCUCAUUUGUCAAAAAUCUGAUGACAGGCAUAGAGAAUGAUGUGCUUCAGUGACAUAUAUGAAAAUAAAUUUGGGGAGUUAAAAAAAAAGUUUUUGGGUUUUAGUUAAAACGUAGAUUAAAUUAAUUUAUUAAUACGCACGUGUGGCCGUACCAACCAUAAAUUUCGGGGGGGGGGGUCAAACCUCCAAAACACUCCCCUAUAUAUGCCACUAAUGUGCCCUUAUUUAAGUUUCAUAUUAAACUCAGUUCACUUAAAUAUUAAAUUGAAUAGCACAGAGUUGUCUCUGCUGAACGAAAAAAUUCUGUUUCGCGGUUGUAUGAUAGAAAUAGCACAUCUGGCGCGUAUGCCGUUCUCUUAAUUACACAAAAGAUAACUGUGCAGAUUUUCUUUUUAGUUUAUUUUACAGCAAAGUAAGUAACUAAGUACCUACCCACUUGAAAUUAAAUAUUCAAGUCCAUUAUAUUAUAAUAUGCAUAGUGAACGCAAUAUUAUUAUUAAUAUCAAAAUAAAUAUUCAUUUACUAAUUGAUAAAAUAGGCAUCAAUCAGAAAAUUAUAAAUAUGGUAUUCGCUAGAUGCUCAUUGAAAUACUGCAGAUAGUAUUUCAAAAUCGGUGUUGGUGUGAUAAUUAAAUUGCUACUAAGAGGACGUAAUCGGCGUGACCGUUUUUAAACGGAACUUGUGUCGAAAAACAUUCUUUUAUUUUUAAAAUUAAUAUGAUUUAUUGACGUAAAAUUACGAUAAUAAUUAAAAAUCGCAACCUUAUCUAUAAUAGCAUAAUGUGAUAUCCGUUUGGUUAAAUAUUCCUUGAUUCUAAUCCAGGCCUCUUUUCAGAAUUUGUAAAAUAAAAAUGGCAAUAUUUUUAAUCUUAAAUAUCUAUACUGUCUCAUAAUUUGAAUAUAUUGAAAAACAAUACGCCCUACAGACUUCCGGUAAAAAUUUACUAGAGAAAUUUGGCCGGGAGAAGAGCGGUUAAUUCACUAUUGAUUAUUGACAUCUCCCUUUUAAUAUUUUACCCUCUAAUGGUUUAAAAGGGGGAUAAAAUGUCUUGAGUGAAAAUAAACAAGAAUAGGGGUAUUUUUUUAUGGUAACACGGAGUAUUGAGACCAUUUUUAAAUAUUUCAAUUAUGAAAGUGAAUUAUUUGAUAAUAAUGAAACGAUAAAUGUGCAUUUUGUUUUUUAAUUUCAUUUAAAUCUCCUAUACGGAACCCCUUAAACGUCGGAUAUGUCGUAUUCUCUUGAACAUUAAAUAUGCAAUUUGUAAUCGUAUAAUUUUAAUAUUGCAUUGUUUUUUAAUAGACAGUGAUGAAGGUGAAGCGGGACUCGGAAACGUCACGAGAGUAAUCAUGAGGCCACCUGGCCAUAGCGGAAAAGCGAAAAAAGGCCAUUUAUGUUUUGAUGCUUCGUUCGAAACUGGUAAGUUUAAGAUCAUAAAAAAUAUAAAGCAGUAUUACUUUAUUUUGGAGUUUCAGAUAGUUCUUGAAAAAAUAUGAAAUUUAUUUCUAUCUAAAUUUCAAUAUUUACUUGGGCUGGCGCUGUACAUGGCGUAUUCGCAUUUUUCGUCAGGUGCGCUAUAUAAGACAUUUUUUUCGGCGUAUUCCGUCACGUUUUUUACAAUAUUUUAAGUUCCAUAAUUAUCGUGUGCAUUAUUAUUAAAAGCUCCAUAUUUUCAUGCUUAUUAUUAUUUUACGUUUGACAAAUUCUUUAGUGUACUUGGUCGCAGUUGACAUAACUUAUUUAGAAUUGUUGGAAGUUGACAUAACUACACAUUGCAUAAGUUAAAACAUGUCGAACACAUUAUAAAAUAAAUACAUUCAUCGUUUUGCUCAAAAUCUAAAAUUUAUUUAUUUUAGAUUCUGAGCGAAACAAUAGUUUUACAAUGAUAUUUUAUUUUUCUCAUUUGUGAACAACUUUUCUACCACAAAUCUUGCUUUAAUAUACAAGUUUAGAAUGAUCAUUUAUUGAUUUUCCCAGGAGUUUUCCCAAUAAAUUGGAAAAACCGAGAGAAACGGACGAAAACCGGAAAAAACGGAAGAAAAACGAGAAAAAGUAGGAAAAAUGAUGUCUUAGGAUAAUAAGGAUGGGAAAGUGGGAAUUUGGGAAGGUAGGAUACGGAAGGGAAUUUAAUGUAUAUCUGUAAAAAACAAUCUGAGCAGAAUUCAGUUUACAGUAAUACUUUCUCAACAAUAUCUAUGCUAUAUUAUGCUAAACUAAGUAAAUAGGCAUUAAAAAUUGUCUUUUACAAUAUUUGUUUAAAAUUGUAUUGAUUUUCUCGUUUAACCUACGUUUUUCCGCGGUUUUCCCAUAUUUUUCCGGGUUUUUUUACUUUUUUCUGGAAAAACUCUUGGGGAAAUCGAAAAAUUACCUGCCUAAAUUACCUUUCCAGUCAGAUUACCUUUCAAAAAAAGUGCUAUCGUUGUAAAUCGGAACGAAAUUCAUAGACGUGCGCACGGAGUGUGUAAGGUGUGUAUCUGCACACCUGUAAAAAAUUCCGCCUGCUUAAAAUUUUUGUUUUAUUUGUAAAUUAAAAUAUUUUAGCAAAUAAAUUGUAUAACAUAACAUACAUUUUAGAUUUUGAGUGUAGCGAAGCAUGUAUUGGUUUUACAAAUAUGAUUUUUUUUUUUUUUUGUGAACAUUUUUUCUAUCAAAAAGUUUAUUCCAAUGUAUACGAUAUAGGCUAUUUUCUAAAAGGAAAUCUGACUGGAAGGAUAUUUUAAGGAGAUCGUUUUUCAAUUUUUCCAGUAAUUUUUCAAGCACAUGUGAAAAACAGUAAAAAAACAAGGGAAAACCGGGAAAAACGUGUGAAUAACGGGUAAAUCGGUACAAUAUUAAACAAAUAUUAUUAAAAAAAAUAUAUAAUGCCUUUUUAAUUUGUUUACCAUAAUAUGACAUAUAUAUUGUUGUGAAAACAUCACUAUCGAUUGAACAGCACUCAGAAUCGUUUUUAAUAAGCAAUGGUUUAUAGUAGCUUACAGAUACAAUUUAAUUUCCCCUUAAUAUAUCCUAUACCUUCCAAACUUCUCACCAACUACUGUGACUAUACUUAUCGCGCGAAGUAUAUCCGUUUGUUUAUAUUUGAUAUGCUAUUGAAAAGAUUUAUUUUUAAACAUGAAGAGCUUAAAAAAUCUUUUAAGGACUUAGUCCCUCCCCAAAUUAUGCGUAACUAUGCGUAAAAUAUUGAGUGUAAUUAUAUUAUUAUGCACUUAAGGUUUUUUCGUAUAAGACUUAUUUAAUUCUUUUAAAACAAUAUUGUACAAACAAUUGGACUUUUUUUAGUUAUUGUUUUGUUGAAAAAAAAAACACUGGCAUUUUUGCAAUCGAUUUUUUCUCUAUAUUAAAAUGUGACAAAACAGACGGAACCCAUAAUUCGUUAUUUCCAAUUCGAUUUCUAUACGUGGGAGUGCUGACACUUGAAUAUUUUAACGAUUUGGAAUUUGCAUAUUUUAUUGAUUUACGGUUUCAUUGUGCUUACGACGGCGUGACAACAAUUUUAAAUUAAAUUGAAUAUUUCAAAUUGAUAUUAUUAUUAAGCGUUUUUUUAUAAAAUAUUGUCACUAUGAGACUUGUUAUAAAUUUAAUCGAGUAUAUAGACAAAAAACAGCGAACAACAAAGAGACUGGUACGUAUUCUGGGUGUCCUACAAUGUUAUCUCUAUAUGCUAAUGAUUCUGUCAAAAUUCAUUUUUUUUUACAUUUUGUUUUUCAAUCGGGUUUUAUGUGAGGGGGACACAAAUGUGGAGAAAAAUUAAAUUUUUAUUUUCAUCCCUUAAUUAUUGAACGAAAAAAUAACUUAAUUUUAUCACUUUUCAAAAUAGCCAUUAUGUAAAAGAUAUUAUUUUAAAAAUUUCAAUGUAACAUACAUAUAUACGAUCAAUAGUUUCUUAGUAAUAGUCAUUUAAUGCCUGAAAAAUUGGCAUGAAAACAAUUAAUUUUGACAAUAGAAUAACACGUUAGGCGAUAAGGAAUCACAAUCAGCACGGCAAUUCCUUACUUCUGUGCAUUGAGGCUACUAUUAAUCGAAUAUGAAUUUAUGUUGAAUUAAAAUUUUUAGAAUAAUAUAUUUUACAAAAUGUCUACUUUAAAAAUUUUAAAAAGUAGAAAAAUAAAAAGUACAUUUUUUCAAUGAUUAAGGCAUGAAAAUAAAAAUUAGAUUUUCUCUACAAACAAAACACGAUUUAAAAAAAAAAAAAAAGAAAAGAAAAAAAAGAAAUGAAUAUUGUCAUAGCUUUUAGCAUAAGGAAGUCCGUGAAAUUGGCUCUCCCGACAUUGUUGUGUGAAAACCAAACCGGCGCCAAAAAUGUGUAACUUAUUUGUAACAAUUUGGAGUGGAGUUCUCAAAGUUCGCAACUCAAUACUUUUCCAGGGAGAACGGUUUUCCUGUUGGGUAGAACAUUGCUGAAUCGACUCCAAACCGGUGUCAAAAUUGUGUGACUAAUUUGCAACGAAAUUCUACGACUUGUCAAACUCAAGUUAUAACGGUAAACCUUCUAUACUGAUGCAAAAACGAAAUAUAUUUAAUAUUUUACGCAACUACAUAUUAUUAAUUUUUUAACAUUACAAGACAGCUUAAUGACGCUCAAACAAUUUGUUUUCGAUUUGUUAUUAUUGAUUAUACCUAGAUAGUAAUAAAGUAAUAACUCAUAUUUUUACAAAAAAUAUAUUUCUCUAUUUAAAAUUAUUUAUUUUUAUAAAUUCAAAUUUGCAACUCAAUACUUUUCCCGGGAGAAAGGCAUUUUAAAAUAUUUCUUACCGAACUUGCUCUGAAUAUUUUUUCGUUAUUAACGGUUUACCGUUGCGUACAGAUAUAAGUUUGAAAACUUUAUGUGUCCUACCUUCCCAACUACCCACCUACAGCAGUGGCCGCAUCCAUCCCCAGUAUCAGCAAGUGCCAUUCGUUUGAGAUUAAAAUUUAUACUUAAAAAACAAGAGCAUACUUCACAUAAUGGGUAGGUUACUGUUGUUGGAGAAAAGUUGAAAAGGUAAGAUAAAGUGGGAACAUUAAUUUUUAUCUGUAAGCAACGAAAAAUUAUUAGGAGCGAGUUCGGUAAAACAUAUUUUAAAAUAUUAUAAUAAAAUAUUUAUUAUAAUUGAUCCAUUAAAGAUCAAUAUUUAGAAUCAUAAAUUAGGAGAUUAAUAUUCUAAUAACAAUCGUAUAGGGGAAAAAUUUAAAUUGGCAUCAAACAACUAAGUAGCUGAACAUAGGGAAAUAGUAAGAACUAUUUUUGAAAUCCUCUUUUAUUUAGGAAGAAAAAAUAUUGCACUAAAAGGACAUAAAGAAAGCUUAACGUUUAAGAAUCGUGGUAACUUCUUGUCGCUUUAAAAGUUUUAAAGACCACGCCCCUUUGACUACUCAUUUGAAAAAAAUUGGAAGUUCUGCUAAUCAAAAUAGAUUUACAUAUUUUUCUAGUCAGACCCUAGUCAAAUGCUUCACUUUGUUCUAUUUAAUAUUUUUAACAUUUUUUUUAACAAUUAGUAUAACUUUACGUUACAGUUUAUACUAUAAUUUUUUUUUUAAAGGGAGGUGGAUUUAAAAUAAAAAAAAUUUAAAAUAGCCAUUUUGUAAAAUAGGUUUUUAAAAGAUUUUUGGUGGUUGAAACUUUUGUUAAAGUAAAGUGUUUUAUUUUCCAUGGCUUUUUAAAAAUUUGAAUAAUUUUCUUUUCGAUCAUAACAGUAUAGUUUAUCAACAUAAAUGACCAUUAUUAAUUUACUUUUCCAAUACCCAUUACCUAUAAUAUAAUAAUAUUAACUCACGAAAAAAAACCUUGUCAUGUGCCCUGAAUACUAAUAACUGAUUAAAUAUUGCAAUAGAAUAACCACAACAGGUAAUAUUCACAUUUGCAUAAACUUUAACAAAUCGUGGAAAAUAAAAUUUUCUAAAAAUCUACUUUAUGAAAUAGCUAUUUUGAUUUUUUUUAAAAAAAAUAAUAUUUAAGUUUUAAAAAUAAAUUUUAAGUCCCCCUCUCAUUAAAAAAAAAAUGUUCAUAUAUAACUAUAGCGCAGAAUAAUUAAAAAUUAUAUAUAUAUCAAAAAUAUUGAAUAGAACAAAAUUUAUUUUAAGUGGCAAAUCAUCGUGUGUCACCCUGUAUAUAUUAUAUUUAUGUAUAAAUAUAAUAUUAAAAUUUCCCAAUGUUAAUGAAACGAGGUAUACUAUAUAUAUUAUACAAGUAUAUAGGUAGUAAAACUUUUCGAAACUUUUACUGAAGAAUAUUAAAAGUAAAAAAAAAAAAAACCAAUAGAUCCCUCCUUACGCUCCGAAUCUAAAAUAAAUAUAUUAUAUAAUAAAUAUUUUCUUUGCUCAGUUUAUAAGCUAAAAAUGAACAAAGUUUCGAAACAACACUGGCCAUAAUACAAGGCUCGUAAUAUAUAAUAUAUAAUCGCCCUUAGUGUAACGUCCAAAUAAAACAUUAUUUUAAAUUUUUUUUUUUUUUUUACGAUGUGUCUACGUUAACUAUGGAAUUAUCGCCUGUAAAAUAUGGGUAACUGUUAUUGUUUAUACAUGUAUUAUUUCGGUUGCCACGAGCAACAUUGUGGUGGGCCUCGCUAGCAAAUUAUAUACAAGGGGAUUGCUUUAUCACGGGCUUGUGCAGAUUUUGUGUAAAUUUAAUUUUUGUAUUUUUUUUUUUUCAGGCAUUAUUAUUAUAGAAUCGAUAAUGAUCGUCGAUUUUAUUUGCAAUAUUUUCAACAUUUUACCCAUAUUUCACAUAUUUCAUAUUUGGCUAGACCUUUAAAACUUUAUUAUUAUAACGUUGAACGAUUGAAAUCGGUAGUGAAUCGCUUAAUAUCAGUAAACAAUAAACGAUUGCAAUGGAUAACAGAUAAUGUAACAGAAAAAGAUAAACGAUUGGAACAUAAUUUUGGUGAAGAAUAUAUUAUUAUAGAUUCUGAAUAGAACGAAGAAAUUUAUAGUUUUACAAAGAAGUUUUUUUUUUUUUUUUUUCCUGUGGACAACUUCUACCAGAUAUCUUGCUCCGAUUUUUAUGUGUAGCACCUUUUCUGAAAGAAAAUUGGUUUGAGAAAGUUGAUUUUGUCAAGAUUUUUCUCAUAAAAUGUGAAAAAAUGAAGAAAAAGCCUUAAAAACGUAGGAAAAACGGGAUGCAUUUUUAAGCAGCAAUCCAUCGUAUACUGUAACUCAAAAUCUUAAAAUAUUUACUUAACUUGUUCGUGGAUAUUACCGCUACAACAAGUUUUUUUCCGAUUUUGGUAGUGUGCUUUAUGAAUGGGAAAUGUGUUCCAUCUGAGCUAUAAUCGAAUAUAAAUAAUAAUUAUAAAAAUGAAUUCCAAUCAAAAACAAUAUCUAAAGUAUUAAUUUUUUUAUACUCUUAUAAUCGUUUAUAAAUUAUUUUAUUAUAAAGUCCUCAACAUCAAUAACAUCAAUCACACAACUUUUAUAAAAUCUGGAUGUGUGCUAUAUCUUGUACACUUUUAUCAAAUUAGUUUUAUGUUAGGCAAUAGAAAAAUAAUUAUGAUAAUAUGUAACGCGUUAUAUUUAUUAAUAAUUUUUCAAUUAAACGCAUUUACGUGUUUUUACUGUGAUAAUAUUACUUGUCGAGUUUGUGUGCACAAACACAGACAAGUAGAGGCCCCCACCGGGAAAAUCAUUGUGUCCCGGCGAGUCUCUACGCCCCUGGUACAGUAAACUCGAUUAACCGAACCCUCGGUUAUCUGAACGCUAGAUUAUCCGAACGUUAUCGCGGCUGGUAAACCGAUUUUAUUUAAAUUCCCGGUAUUUUUACGCACGGUAAAAUAGGUAAAAUAUUAAUCAAAUACUAUUAAAGGAAAUAUAUAAUACACAUGUAAUUAUUGUACCAAAAAAUUACAUAUAUAUAUAUAUUGUUGAUAAAGCAACACUAUUAACCGAACUUCGCUUAGAAUCGUGUUACGUUAGCGAUGGUUAUUCGUUGCGUACAGAUGUACAUUAAAUUUCCCAUCUACCUUCGCAGAUUCUCACCUACAACAGUAGCCCACCCAUCGUGCAAUGGUAUAUCCGUAUCUUUUUUUAAAUAUUGAACGUUCCGGUGAGCGUAUACGCCCCUGGUAUAUAGAACUCAAUUAACCGAACUCUCAACCAUCCGAACUCUCGACUAUCAGAACCUUUGAUUAACCGAACUCUCAUCAGAAUCGGUUUUUGUUAGCAAUGGUUAAUCGUUGCGUAAAAAUAUAAAUUAAAUUCCCCCUCAACCUUCUCAAAUUCUCACAUACAACAGUAGCUCACCCGUCGUGCGAAGUGUGUCUCUAUUUUUUUCCAACACUGGACAUUCCGGUGAGCCUUAUACGCCCCUGGUACAGUAGAACCGAUUAUCCGAACCCUCGAUUAUGCGAACGUUAUCACGGCUGAUAAACCGAUUUAUCAUUUUCGUUAUAAAUUAUUAUUAUUGCAUUAACUAUAAUAUAUGCAUAACAUAAUGAUCGAUACGUUAUUUAUUUGAAUGACAUAUCUACGUGCGGACAGCAUAUCAAUACAUACUGUAUUAUUUUUGUACAUGAUACAAAAGACAUUAUUUUACAUUCUACCUGAUAUGCCGUGAUACCUAAUGCAUAUAAAAAAAUCGAUGUUUUUGUUAUUUUUUUUUUUUUUUAAAAAUAAAUAUGGAAAAUUCGCCAAUAUUUGCAUGUUGUAUCUCAAAAGAUGCUGAAUUUCUGACCGGUGGUACUUUAUUUAAAAAGGUUCUUUUUCUGUUGUUAUUGUUUAAUUUCUGGUACAUAGGCUGAACGGAGAUACCUCCGGAGAUAAUAAAAAUAGUCAAAUUCUGUUUUUUUUUUUUUUUAUAUUACUCAUAAGGAUGAGGACUACAAAUAUUUAUAUUUGUAUUAAUGUAAAAAAAUAAUAAUAAUAUUAACGUUAUUUUGUUAUUUUAGGAAAAUUUUAAGAUGGCCCAUUCUGUGGAAUUUAUUUUUCUGAAAAUUUUAAUGUAUCACACAUUUAUAUCUGAUAAAUAGUUUCCUUGUAACAGCCGUUGUAAAUUCUACUAACCAGUGUGAAAACGAAUGUUAUCUAAGGAAUAACCACGUUACGCGAUAACAUUGAUUUUUACACGGGUUAGUAGAAUUUAUAACGGCUGUUACUUAGAAACUAUUUAUCAGAUAUAAAUGUGUGAUACAUUACAAUUUUCAGAAAAAUAAACUCUACAGAAUGGCUGUCUUAAAGUUUUUAAAGCAGAAUUUCUUUAAAGCAGACUAUCUUUAUUAUCUCCGGAGGUAUUCAAGGGGUAUAUCUUCAAGAGACAGCCUGUAUAUUUUACUUUAAUGUAACUGUAAUAAAUCGUAUAUAGUUAAGACAAAUAGAUAUUUUAAAAUAAGAUAUAAAAACACAUUUCUGAAAUAAAAUUUAAAAAGUCUGCCCCUAGUUCAAAUUUCUCUAAACAUGUUUCAGAAAAUAAGUUUUGAUAUUAAUACAGACUUAGAAAUACACAUUAGUACGAAAUUCGAUGAACUCAAACGUUUUGUUUAUUUCUACCACCGUGCGCUUAAAAUUGAUAAUGUGUAAUUAUUAUUUAUUUUUGGUUAUUUAUAUGACUUGGUAAAAAUAUUAUUACAUUCUAUUACAAACAUAUUUUUUACCGGCCAAAAUUACGCAUAUUUUUUAAAAACAUCAAAAUGUAUUUUUAUUCAAAAUAGAAAAAAAUCAUAAAUACUUCUAUUCAGACCAUCCUUCGGGCGAAUAGAAACAGAGCAAAAAGUAUUUUAGACUAAUGUCUACACGUUUUAUGUUCACAAUAAUAAUGUUUCAUACACGUUAUACUGCAUCCUGUCCGCCGAAGGCGGAUUGUCCACCCACCGACUGUAUCCGCUACAGUAUCCUGUACCACAAGAGUACCUGGGGCCUAGGGGUAGAGCCUUGUCUAGACGUUAUUACCUGUUCCCGUAUCUCAACUAGCUUUCUCCUAUAUCCUUGUUCCCUCAGUAUCCUAAAUGUAUUUUCGGGAAACAUUAGAAAAAAUCAAUUUUUAUAACAAUAUUUCUGUAAACCUCGGGUAUUCGUUAAAACUCAUUCGCCUAUAAAACGGCAGGACCUGCCAAUUAUAAUAUAUUAAGUAUAGUAAUUCCUAUAUGAGAUUAACCAAUCGUUGUCAACUACCGAAAACGCAUCCUAAAACACAUCAAUUAUUACACGGGGGUUUUGCUAUGGACAUAAUAUUAACAUUAAUGCCCACCCACUGUAUGUAUAUUAUACUGUAUAGUAAUCGAUGCGUUAUGAUUUUAAAACUAAACGUGAAAACACUAAAGUACCAAAUGUCUACAUUCCACAAACGAUUGCGUACCUCGCUUUUAGCACAGAAAUACAUAAGGAAAAAAAAAAUCUGCGUAAAUAUUUUGAAUAUUCUAUUCAAAUACAAAUGUAUGAUGACACACAUAAGAAGCAAAAUCAGCCAGUUUCAUUUGUCUCGUCGUCGUCGAAUCGAUCGGUACUGUUUGUAUAUUAGCCAUUAUGUGUUCACAUUUUGUUGAUGGCUCUUAAAAUAUACCAAUUUCUGUUUGCGAUACGUGACGAUGUUAUUUCCAACACAUGUUUUACGAAAUGUUUUCUCUCUUACACAUGCUCGGAAAUAUCGUAAACAUUUUCAUGUUAGUGCUUAAAACUCUCUACCUUAUUUGACCGUUGAAAAAAAUACGCAGUCAUUUCAUUUUUCGAAAUUUUAUAAUUUUAUCGUCAACGGACGACGGCUUGUUAACAAUACGCAGUUGAUUUUUUCUUAUUCAUCAGCAUUCUCACUAAAUAUUUAAACGAUUUUUGUGCUAUAUAUGCUUGAUUUGCAAACAAUCUCAUUCCGGUUUUCGAAUGCACGAGAAAUCUCGAAUCUUCUUCGCUCGCCUAUUUCCAGUGUCUUCCCAGAAGUCAUUAAUUAAUAUUAUACCUUGGGGUUUCCGUAACAUAACCCAUCAUUCUUGCCGUACCUUAUUUUCUCCCCUCGUUAUUAUGAUAACGUGUCCUAACCACUGCAAACCUUAACAAACCUUCUAUAAGUGACGUUGCGCCAGUGACGAUGCUAUCCGUACAUUUUAAUAUCGUGCGGCUCUCUGUGGAAACCUACUUCGCCCACGUUAUACUUUGAAAUCCUUUAUAUUCAUAGAAAUAAUUUCAGUGAAUAGUAAAUAAUAAUACCGCCGAGUGGACGAUUAUUGUUCUGGUAUAUUGUAAUACGUAGGCAGUAUAAUAAUAAUAAUAUAGACGUGUACUCUUAUUAUUUUUUUCCUUAACGACACAAUGCUGUGGUAUUUCUCAGAGAGGGUGCCACAGGGCCUCGAGAUGAAAAUAUUACGUCAAAACGAACGCCAGGAUGACGUGAGAGAGAGAUAAUGAUUGGCGAAGUUUUGGCGUUCCGUCGCCAAAAGAGAGAAAAUUUGCCACUUAAUGAAUACAGUAUAAUAAAAUAAUUAUCAUCGCGGAAAGGCCAUGCGAUAAAAAUAACAGCAGUCGUCAAACAUAUACGGUAUAUGCAUAAUUAUUUUAUUUUAUCAUUCAAAGCGAGCCGCGGCACAGUAUAUACCGCGGGAUUAUGUCAUGUGCAUUUUUGAACGAGAUUAUUAUAUUAAAAAAUAAAUAGGUAGGUACCUACUCAAAAGCCUCAACAUAGUUGUACGUUAUAAAAGAAAUAAAUGUGUUAUUAGACAUGUAUAUACCACAAGCGCCUAUGAAGCGUUCUGAAAAAAAAAAAAAAACGUAACCGUUACGAAUAAUCUCGAAAUUUCAUUAUUUAAAAAUAUGCAUAAUAACAAUUACAAUAAUAAUGUUAAUAUGUAAUAGUGGAUAACAUUUUUACUAGCAAUUCUGCUCCGAUUUACAAUAAAAGCAUAUUUUCCGGGAAGAAAUCUAACUGGGAAGGUAUUUUAGGGAAGUAAUUUUUCGAUUUUUCCAGCCAAUGUGAAAAACCAGGAAAAACAUGGAAAAACCGAGAAAAACGUAGAUAAAACGGGUAAAUCGGUACAACAUUAAACAAAUAUUAUUAAAGAAAAUAUAUAAUGCCUAUUUAACUAUUUUACCAUAAUAUGACAUACAUAUAUUGUUAACAAAGCAUCACUAUCAACUGAACUCCACUCAGAAUCGUUUUCAAUAAGCAAUGGUUUAUCGUUGCUUACAGAUACAAUUUAAUUUCCCCUCAAUAUCCUAUGCCUUCCGUUCUUCUCACCAACAACAGUGGCUGCAUCNAUUAUGCGAAGAUGUCCGUCUUUUUUUAAUUGAUUAUUAAAAUAUGUAUGUUUUGAAGUGCAAUCAAUCAUAUUAUUUAUUAGUUCAUAUACAUAUUUAAGUUUUAUUUGAAGAAAACGAUUUUCAAACGUCAAAAUAUUAAAAAUGUUUGACUCUUCUUCGUAGCUUGAAUGUAAAGUUCUAUAGAUAAAGCAUUGAAAACAUAAAAAAUGAAUAAAAUUAUUUUGAAUUUUCUCUAAACUUUGUGUGUGAUUUUUUUUAAAUAUGGAUGCCAGAUUAUAUUACAGUGCAAUAUUAUUAUACUACAGGCUGUUUUUUCGAUAAAAGAACUAGCGAUUUUCUAUAUAAUAUAUUAUAAAGUUAUUGUGUAAAUUUCUCGAUAGUUCAUAGAUUUUUUUAAAUUUAAAUAAUAAGAAACUUGGAAAUCUUACGUGUACAUUACCGAUAUUUGUUUUCACAUUUAUUUUAGGAGAUGAAACCUGCUCUGUCUGCAGUUGAUUUUUAAACAGUAUCCUAUAUUUGAAAUUCUAUAAAUAGACGAAGUUUUUAUUUUCAUAAAUUUCGAUGCUAAAAUUUUCGAUUUUAACGAACCUGUUGACGAGAUAUUUCACUUUUAAAUUUGGAUAGAGGGAUAGUAGUAGACCGAGUAUUCGAACACCAUGCAUCUAAUUUUUUUUCUAAAAUAAUGAGUGCGUUUUAUCGAUAGCUGAUCAUCCUGUAUGAUAGUGUCGUGUUUAACACGUUAUAUUGACUUCGUCAAAUAGCAUUUCAAAUUUUCGAAAGUAUUCGAACGAUGAAAUGUAUCAUAUUAUCGGUCUUAUCUAUUGUAUUUUAAAAUGAUUCCUAAUAUAUAAUAAUAGUCUUGCAAUUCAACACUUGAAAAACUGUAAAAACGCCACAAGUAUAAUAUCGAUAAUUUACAUGUACAAUAAUAUUUAUUAUAAAUGUCGUUUUACGUACGAAGCGUAUGUAUAUGUACAUAUAAGAAUUUUAGGUUUAUAAUAAUUCAGUAUGUAAGUGUUACAACGCUGUUCUUGAUGUAUUAUUAUGUAUUGAUGAACACGAUGUAUUAUGUCUGUGUCUGUGUCUAAAAAACAACUUUUCUACCAGAAAUCAUUCUCCAAUAUUUAAAACACUUUUUAAAAACUUCCUUGUAGCAUUUUCUAUAUAGUCGUUUCCUUAAAAAGGUCAUUUUAUUAUUUUAUUUUCUUGUAUUUAUUAAUAAAUGAGAAAAACUUUGGCCUCAAGGAAAUAUAUACGACUAAUAAAACUAUGCUCAGAAUCGUUUUUCGUUAACAAUGGUUUAUCGUUGUAAAUAGAUAUAAAUAAAAUUACUCUAUAUAAUAUCCUCUAUUCCAAUUUUUUUCCUGAAACAGUGGCACAACUAUUACCAGUAUAUAAGCCUUCUUUUCUUUUUCUUUUUUCAUUACAUGUUCGUCGUGCACCGUGAAAAAAACGCGUGAAAUUGUCGUCGUUUUUCAAGCUAAAGUUUUUAUACGUUAUAGUUGUAUAAUAUUUUCGAUUGUGAGUUUCGAUAUCGGCAUAUAGGUGUACGAAAAAUAGCCCGUUUCGGCCACCGCGUGUUUGCGUAGUCACGGGAAACGGUUUGAAAAUCAACUCUCCCUCCGUUUUACACAACAACAUUCCGCCAGCACCCUGUAUAAAUAUUGUAUAUAGUAUGAUGGGGUGGCAUUUGUGCGUGAUGCAGCAAGGGUCCGCUCGCUCGAAGUUUGUCUUGUAAUUAAUUUUAAUAAACAAUAUAUAUAUAUAUAUAUUAUAUACCAUAGGUAAUCGUAUAAAUAUACGCUCCUCCCGAUCUAUAGUAAAAAAAAAAAACCGUACCUACUGGCAUUAUGUGGUUAUAGUAUUGAUUUUAAGUUUAUAUACGACUUUACAUCCGGCUGACAAAAAAAAAAAUACAAAAUUACGCUCUCGUCGCCGCGCCAUUGCCGUUACUGAGCGUUGUAAAUGUUCAGUUACCAGCCAGACUAUAAGUCUAUUAAAAUACACGAUUUCCACUCUAAAAAUAUGAAUUGCUUAGUAAAAAAUUGUAUUCAAAUUUUAAAAUUUUCCAGAAAAGAGAAACAUAUUUUAAAAAUCCUUGAAAAAAAAUAAAAAACAAAUCAUCUAUACAGUCGUUUUAUGAAACAUCAUUAAACUGGAACAUAUGCUUUUUCUGCAUUUAACAAUUAAUUUAAUAUAUACGAGUACACUCCAACGAAAUUUUUAAUUUUAAUAUAAUUCGAAAUUUCUUCUCAUGUGUACGCGAAAAUUAAGAAAAACGUUGAAAAAUCCGAAAAGCGAUUUUUAGAUUUUUCGAUAAAAUCCAUUAUUAUUUUUAGAUUCUGAGCCCAGUGCACAAUGUAUUGGUUUAACUACAAUUUGUGCAAUUGUUUAAAUUUAUUUUGUGUUUGCCCUGUAAACAACUUCUCCACCAUAAUUCAUACUCCAAUCAAAUAGUGACAAGAAAGCAUUUUUUGUAGCGUUUUUGACUUAGGUGCUGUAUAUUUUAAUUUUGCUUGUAGUUUUAUUAAUAAAUAAGUAGGAAAACUGAAAAAGAUUAUGUUCAUACAUUAAUGGUUUCGUUAUAUUCUCUUUAGUUUUUUUUUUUUGUUGUUGUUGUUUUAAUUUAAUUAAAAAUAAUCGUUGACCGGAAAUUUUGAAGAAUUACUUAUAAUGACCUUUUCGAGAAGUGGUAAAAUGUUCAAAACGUUGUGACGAUUUUUGAGCUAUCAAUUAUUAGCAUUUACGAUUUUCGAGAAAUUUAGUUUUCAUUUGGUUUAAUGUAGAUAAAAUGAUUUAGCCGAAUAGAAAUGCUCAACAAUUUAAUACGAGGUUCAUUAUAAACUGAACUAGGUGGUUAAAAUAGAAUUUUAGCGUAUCGUACAAUUUUUUUUCAUAAGCGUUUUAAAAUAAAAUGUUGACGAAAAUCGUAAUAAUCACGGCAUUUUAAAUCACGUAAUAAUCGAACUUCAUUAAGAAUCGAGUUUUGUUAAUAAUUGUCUAUAGAUAUAAAUUAAAUAACUAUCUGAUCUACCAUCCCAACUUUUUACAAACAACAGUGACUGUUUUUUUUUCUAUUUUUAACAAUUUUAUUCCGAUUUAUGUGUGGAAUCUACUUUUAAUGACUCAAAUAAAUGAAUCCUUAAAAAUUAAAUACAAAUAUUUUCUAACUACCAGUUAAAUAAAAAUAAAUAUUUAGCGUUUAAUGUCUCAGAAUUAUACACCGUUGAAAAGGUAUGAAAUUAACCCAUAUAUUUUUUACGAUAUUUAUGGAGAAAAAAGUUCAAUUAAUAUUUUGUAAAAAAAACGUAUAACUGUGCUCUUCUAAUUAGAAUUAUUUUAAAUUUUAAGUGGAGCGAAAAAGCUUAUGGUUUUACAAAGUUGUUUUUUUUUUUUUUAUCUGUGCGCAAGUCUUCUAGUAGAAAAGUUGCGCACAGAUAAAAAGUGUAGCACAUUUUCUGCAAGGAAAUCGAUGUAGGGAGGUACUUUAGAAAGGUCAUUUUCUCAGAAGUUUUCUCAUCAAAUUUGAAAAUACGAACCAUAUUACUAAAAUAUUACGAUUUUUUUUCUGUACACAAUUUUUCAACCAACAAUUUCGCUCCAACUUAUGAUAGCGAUUUUUCCAAAAGAAAAUUUCACUAGGGAGGUAUUUUAAAGAGGUAGUUUUUCGAUUUUCCCAAGACUUUCCUAGCAAAUAUGAUAAACCGGGAUAAAAUAUGGGUAAACCGAGAAAAACGUAGGAAAACUGGGAAAAUCGGUACAACAUUAAACAAAUAUUAUAAAAGAAAAUAUGUAAAGACUAUUUAAUUAUUUUACUAUAAAAUGAUAUAUAUAUAUAUAUUGUUGACAAAGCAUCACAUCAACUGAAUUCCGCUCAAAUUCGUUUUUUCGUAAGCAAUGGUUAAUCGUUGCCUACAGGUACACAUUAAAUUAUCUAUAACAGUGACUACACCGUCCCUAUUAUCCUAGGACUUUUUUUUUAGUUUUUUUAGAUUUUGAAGAAGUUACAAAUUCUACCGACAUAUGUUUUACUUUUCAGGAAAAACUGUUAAUAUUUUUUUUUUCCAUAUCGUACUCGUAUCUGAAAGAUCCAGAUUUGUUAAAACAUGGUAUUCUAUUUGGAAAAAAUUUCUAGAUUUCAAAAAGUUUUCCUAUAAAAUAUGAAAAAUAGACCACAAAACAUGUGGAUACAUCGGUUUUAAUUUUGUCGAUUCUCUGUUACCUUAUAAACUAGAACAGAAAAUACACGGUUAAAACUAUAUUAACAUAAUUGUUCAGAAAUAUUUUUUUGAUUGUAUUAAUAACCUUGCUUUCAGUAUAUAAAUUAAAUUUCCCUAUAUGUCCUAUUCGUUUCAAACUUUAACCACCUACUUGAGUAGCUUACCCAUGCCGAACUACGCCCAGCUUUUUUCAUAAUAUUACGUUUAUCUAAUUGACAUUUAUUUAUUAUAUACUACCAUUAUUACGUUGUGUACUUAUUUUAGGUAAUUUGGGGAGAAUAGAUUUGGUAUGCGAAUACGAAUACGAUCUUUUCAUACGACCGGAUACAUGCAAUCCGCGGCACAGAUUGUGGUUCAACUUCGUCGUAGAAAAUACAAGACAAGACCAAGUAAGUGAUAUCUUUGAAACUUUUAAAAUAAAAUAUCACAGACGUGUCCGCUGUGUUCCGAUCUAUCAAAAAACAUGACUAAAUUUCAUUUUUAUUAUUUUUCUAUUCUGUUUAUUGGAUUUCGUUCUACUAGAUUAACACUAUAGCUGCAUACAAUAUACGUUUUGAAGUUUCAUACAUUUUUGUUCGGUUUUUUUUAACUUGAAAUUUAAUAUAUAUAUAUAUAUAUAUAUUCCUACAUAAGUUUCUGUAUUAUUCAUGAAAAUAACAUCAUAUUCUUUACAUUUUAAAACCUCAAAGUUAAUUUUUAAGUUUAAGUAAAUUAAUAAUGAAUAUGGUCGAUAAAAAUUCAAUAUAAGGGCUAUUAUUAUAUGCAAAAAAAAUUGUUUUAUAUUUAUAUUAUUAUUGUAUAUUACAUGGCAUACAGCUCUAGGGGUCAGCAAAACCUACUAACAUCAACAAAAUACAAAUUUACCAAUCUAAAAUCCUAAAACAAAUCAAUGUGGUCUAAUUGUUUUUUAUUUUUUUUUUUUUUAUACUGUGUACAAAAAUUCUACCAGAAAUCUUUUUCAAAUAUAUACACGUGACACCAUUUUUGGGUGUUGUUCAGAUGGUACUUUUGAAAAGUAAUUUUUUAAUUUUGUAAGCGGUUUUCAUAAUAUCUGGGAAAAACCAGAAUAAAACGUAAGAAAAACGGGAAAUAUACGAAAAUAUUGAUUUUAUUAUUUUUCGAUUUUGUUAUUUGUUGUGAUUUAAUUAAAAAAUAUUUGUAGACACUCGAUAUUUGAAAAAAAAAUUUAUACUUGCCUUUUUUAGACGCGGUAAAAUUUUCAAAAAAAUUUAAGCCAUUUUUUUAGCUAUUUUUAGACAUAUUAAUUUUGCAAGUUUUGUACGUAAUUUUUAUUCGGUAAGUACUCUUUGGUUAAAUUAUUAGACUGAACAGAAAUACUUGAAAAUUUAACAGUAGGUCCAUUAAGAGUCUUACUUUGUGGUCAAAAAAGGAAAAUUUGAGUUUAAUAUAGUAUUUUUUUUAAAAGGAAAUUUUAAUAUCAAUUUAUGAUAAAAUUCGUGGAGUAAAAAAUUAUGUGGAACAAAUCUAAUUUUUCAAUUUUUUUUUUUUUUUUUUGAACAUAUGCAUAUUACCGAUUUAAGAACAAUAGUGAAGUCGGAAUUGAGUGGAUUGACUGAGUUUCGAAAUUAUAGCUUUUAAAGUUCUGAUAUUGUGCGGAUAUUGUAUGUUAUGUUAUAACAAAAUAUUGUCUUCUCUAAAAAAUGUUUGUCACAGCUAAAUGGUUAUAUACAUACCUAUUUUCAUCCUAGGGUUCGCGAGUUCUCGAACCCGUCUUUUGAAUAAAAAUAUUUUACAAUGUUUUUUUUUCCUUUUACCUAAACAAGGAAAAGACAAACUCAUUUUGGGGGUGUCUAGAGACCCAAGCCGUCGCCCACUCGGACUAUUUUAAUCGCAAACCUCAAUUUGUUGUGUAAACUUUUCUACCGAAAAUCUUGCUCCAAUGUAUACAGUGUAAAUUAUUUUCUGAAAGUAAUUUCAUAUUCAUGGUAACUUGGGGAGGUUUUUUUUUCCCAGUAAAUGUGAAAAAGCAUGGGAAAACCUCUUAAUCUUCUCAUUCAAGGGGAAAUUAAAAAUCUAAUAUCAAAUUUGAAUUUAAGAACCUCACAAAUGCAAAGGUAGUAAGAUUUUUUUUUUUAUAAAUGUAUAAGACUAAAUUUAAAUCGUUGUUAAUUUUGACAGGUUUUUUUUUAGUUUCAGAACAUUGUGCAACGAGUCAUCGAAACGUUUUAUUUACAAUUAGGUAUUAAUGAUAUUAUUGUUCCAUUUCAGAACGUUUUAUUUAACAUCGUGAACAUUAGCAACAAAAAUAAUUUGUUCAAAAACGGAAUGACGCCUAUAGUCAGAAGCACAAGCAGAAACACAUGGUAAUGUGAGAUAAACACUGAAUUAUUUUCGAUUACUUAAAUAUUUUAAACUAUUAUUAAUUAAUAAUUCAUUGGUCCCAAGGAAGAAAAUGUUAAAUCAGUUAUUACCAUUUUUUUUAAUUAUUAUUAUUAUUUUGUCCCCUUAAUUUUUUAGUUUAAUUGGCAUAAGUGUAUGUAUUUUAAAUUUUGUAGUUUCUUGUGUUGGAAAAUAUACAAAAUUAACUCAAGACUUAAAAGCUCUUCUUCUGUGGGACCAAUAUUUUAAUAUCUAUUCAAAAUAUAUCGAUAAGCACCUAUAAUAAUUUGUUGACAAAUGAGUAACACCUACUUACCUCGUAUUAAUAUUCCAGGCUUUUACCUUUUCACUGUCGAGCACUUUAAAAUUUGUAUACACUGUCCAGAGCAAUAUUUUAGAUUCGAGUGAAGCGUAUUGAUUUUACAAAGAAAUUAAUAUUUUAAUAAUGUAUUAAUAGUAUAAUAUUGUUGUUUUUUUUUUUUUUUAUGUGAAUACUUUUUUACAGGAAUGCUUACUCCGAUAUAUAUGACGUGGACCUUAUUCUGAAUGGAAAUUUUCUUGGGAUGGUAAUUUAGGGAGGUCUUUUUUUUAUUUUUUUAUCAAAUAUAAAAAACCAAGAACAAGCGGAGGACAAACGGGAAAAUAUUUUUCUGUGGACAACUUUUCUACCAGCAAUUUUGCUCCAAUUUACAAUAAUAGCACUUUUUCUGAAAGUUAAUCUGACUGAGAAAGUACUUUAGCAUGAUAUUUUUCGAUUUUUCCAGGAAAUUUCCCAGAAAAUGUGAAAAGCCGGAAAAAAUAUGGGAAAAUCGGGAAAAACGUACGAAAAACUGAAAAAUCGGUAUACUAUACCGAUUUUUCCGUUUUUCCCAAACAAAUAUUUGUAUUAUUUAAAUAAUACAAAUGUAUUAAAUAUUUGUAAUAUUUGUAUCUGGUAUUGGUGUCUUUCGUCCUUUAUCUGUAAGGUUUUUUCUAUAUCGGUUAAGUUAGGUAAUUACGCGUCUCUUAAUUUCAUAUAUAUUGUUAACAAAGCAUCACUAUCAACUGAAUUCCGCUUCGAAUCGUUUUUUUGUUAAACAUUUUUUAUCGAUGUUUACAGGUAUACACUAAAUUCCCUUCUAUAUCCUACCUUCCCAACUUCCCACCUACAACAGUGGCUGCACCCACGUGCGAAGUAUGUCCGUCUCUUAUUUUUUUUUAAUUCGAUUUUUUUUUCAAUCUACUCAAUGAAUCCUUUGUACAUGAAUAUACGUAAUGCGUAUAUUACGUUUUAGAUCUAAUAAAAAAGUGUUAAUACCUAUAAAACGAAAUAACGACAAAACAAAUUAUACACUAUCAAAUACAAUAUUAACUGGUUAGGUUAGGUACAACAUUUUGGUAUACCCUGAAUAAAAGCAAAUAUUAAAAUGCUUGUAACGUCUUUAAAUAUUAUCACAGUAAAUUUUUUUGCAAUUUUAUUGUACAUCUUUGAAAAUACCUACUUUAAAUUAGCUAUUAUCAAUUUUUUCGUCAGAUAAUCACAUUUUAAUACAGACGAGUGAGCGCACAUGUGCGUCAACUGCCUGACAAUGUAGUUUGUCAUUGAUGCAUAUGUAAAUAUAUGUAAUUUAAAAAUUGAUUUUUCUCAUGUUAUUAAUAGAACGCUUUCUUGUAUUUACUGUCUUGAUUUAACUAACAGACGGCUUAUAGUAAAAUAACAAUACGUAGAAUAUUUGUGAGAAACUAAGAACAUAAGAACAAUAAAUUGUGGCAUUCAUGUUAAAUUACGUAUUCACAUACACUCGUGCAAGUAAUAUAAAAUUGUGUAUAAAACCAUGUGGGUACUUAAAAAUAUGCAUAUACACGGGUUAUUAUUCACGUGUUUCAAUAAUUAUCCUAUUUUUUAAUCAAAUUUAUUUCCUGUAAUAAAGAAAAACAGAUAAUUAUAGGUUUUAAAACCUCGAGAUAAAACUUAUUCAAUAAGAAUGAAGUACUAAAUAUAGUAAUUUGGUACUUUUACUACCAAAUAAGAGCUUUUAUAUCUUACCUUUGGGAAGGUAGGAUAUAGACGGAAAUUUAAUGUACAUCUGUAAGCACCUAUCGAUAAACCAUUCCUUACGAAAAAACGAUUCUGACCGGAGUUCAGUUGAUAGUAAUGCUUUGUCAACAAUAUAUAUGUCAUUUCGUGUUAAAAUAAUUAAAUAGACUUUAUAUAUUUUUUUUUAAUAAUAUUUGUUUUAUGUUGUUCCAAUUUUCCCAAGUUUCCUACGAUUUCUCAGGUUUUUCCAAGUUUUUUUCGGUUUUUCAGAUUUAAUGAGAAAACUUUUGAGAAAAUUGAAACAUUUUUUUAAAUUACCUCCCCACACAGAUGUUGUUUACGUGUUUCAUUUUUUCUGAAAGGAAAAGUAAAGAAAAGUAAAAAUCUGAGCAAGUCUUCUGGUAGAAAAUUUACGCACAUAUAAAAAAAAAAUAUAAUAAACAUCUUAGUAAAACCAAUUUAUUCUUUACUACACUUAAAAUCUAAAAAACUAACAUUUUUUUUUGACAAUAUUAUUUAAAAAAAAAAACAACUUGAUGCUCUCGGAAAUAAUCUUCUUGUUAAAUUUUGUCAUCUAUAUUUAAACUCCUAAACCUAAAACUACAGUUCAACGGUUCAUGUUGGCAUGCGAAUUCUUGUUAACUACGUGCUAAAUAAUUGCAUAAUUUAUUUUUUGAUUUUGAUACGUAUGUCCCUCCCUACCUAUAUGUCAUUGAGUAUAAUUUUAAUAAAGUCAGGAUAAUAUAUUGUGCCACAAUCCGUCACCGCAGCACUUAAUAUUAUGAAAAGUCUACGGUUAGCUUUUAAUAGUUUGUCUCCUACGGUUUGCAGAUUAGGUCUAAAAUGUCAACAAAAUGAUAGUGUCCUAUAUUAGCAUAUAAUAUUAUUAUUAUUAUUGUCCAUACAAAUUAAACCGUGUUAAAUUUUAAUCUUAUUUCUAUUUUAAACCCUAUACAAGAAUACAAUAUAGAAAACUCGAUUUUGAUCAGGGACGAAAUAACAUUAUUGCAGUGCGCCUCAAGCAUUUUAACGUCCCAGAGAAGUGUCAACCUUAUCCGUUUUGGCAAAAGUUAAAAUGUCGUAUAUACCCGCUCGGUUUUUAUCGGUUUGGCUUGUCAUUUUGACGUUUUCCUUGUGCAAAUUGUCAUUAGCCUGCUAAUAAACAUAAUGUUAUUGUAACUUUACACUUAAGUUAGGCAAUUUUUUUACCCAGUUUUUUUAAAAUUUUUACAAUAUUACUGGAACACGGAUUAUCGCGCUCUGUCGCUUUUUUUGUAACUACGAACAAGUUUUCAAGCCCAUAAAACUUGAUCCAAUUAAAAUCUUUAAAUGAACUUUCUCGGGCAUUAACAAAUCAACUAUUUAGUAGGUACUUUGAAGUGUUCGGUAUUUGAAAUUUAUUUUAUUUUUCCUAAAAAUAUAGGGAGGAACCGAGAAAACGGAAAUUUUAACGCCUCAAUGAUCUUAGUCAAAAUCAAUUUUGAUUUUUGGAUCUAAGUGGUAGAUAUAUAAAUUCAUAAGAAAUAAUAAUAAAAAAAAAUGGUCAUUUCACCGAUAAUUUUCAUUAGAAAUUUUUAUAGAUAUUUUAGUUAAUAAAUAUUUUAUUCCAAAUCUUUUAAAAAAGGUAUUCGUAGUUUUUUGGUUUUUUUUUCAAUUUACGUCGAUAAAAUCUUUUUUUAGCUAGUAUUCAAAUUAUUAGUCAUCAUGAAUUUACGAGUAAUUCUCUGCAAACUAGUUAUAUUAAAAAUUACUUAUUCUGGGGAUAUGUGUGCCACUAUUGUAGGUGGAAGUUAAAAGGUAGUAUACAUACAGUUAUUUUAUUUAUAUCUGUACGCAAUGAUAAAUCAUUGCUUAUGAAAAACGAUUCUGAGUGAAAUUUGGUCAUAUAUGUUUUGAAAUACCGUCAUUUUUACGAUUCUCGUCAAAAUGUUGAACUUAUAAUGAACAACCUCGUAUUCAAUUUUCAAGCAAUUCAGUUUGGCUAAACUAUUUUAUCCACGUUAAAGAAAAAUAAAAAUAAAACUACUCGAACAUUUUAAAUACCUAUUGAUAACUCAUCAAGAUAUGGUAACAAAUGUUACCAAUCAUAAGGACAACUUUACUAAACAGUAAAUUAAUAUCAAAAUGCCUUAUUUGUCAACUAGACCAAAUUUUCUUUCAGAAAAGAAGCUAUUCUUGAAAUUCGGAGCAAGACUACAAGUAGAAAACAAAAAUUAUAAACAUUUAAAAUAAUAUCGAAACCUUUAUGUCGUAAAUAUUUGUCCGUUUUCACCCAGUUAUAAAUUAUAUUAUUACAUUAUUAUAAAAAUCGCAUGAGAAAUAAAAAAAUAGUCUUCUCAAUACACCAAAUAAAUACAAAGUGAAAUAGCACAUGUCUUGUAAUUUUGUCAUUUUUUUUUCAUAUACCUAUACAAAAACCAAUAAAAAAAACACAUUCACGCCAUAGUAAACCAAUACCUACAUUCCUAGUUACGUUCAAAAUCUAAAAAGUAAAUUCUACGUUAAUAAUCCUACGUUUUAUAAGCGUUUGAAGCGUUCGAAUUUUGAAAAAAAAAAUUGUAAAUAAUUUUCAAUAAAAUAUUUUAUUAAUAUGUAUAAAUUUGUUUUAAUUUCAGGUACCGCAUACCGGCCAGUAGAGUGCAUUAUCACCGAUCAGUUUACCACAAUAACAACUACGUUUUGAGCAUACUAUUUUCGUUCGACAAGGAUGACGAUAGCUAUCAGUUUUCGUACUCGUUCCCGUAUUCGUAUACGCGCUACCAAAAUUAUUUAUCGUUGAUCGAGAAAAAAAAGCUGCCGUAUUUUAAACGUGAACUCUUGGGACAAUCGAUUGUAAUAAUUGUUGAAUUUAAACAGUUUAUUUUACGCUAGAAUCGUGACUGCACGUGUUCGAUAAUCGCUUUUCAAUUUCUCGUGUCUACUCGUAUUUUAUAUGUAAAUAGGAAAUGCUUGUGUUUGUAGUUUAACGAAAAUCUCGAGAAUUAUAACUAAACCGAUUUUUACUAACUCUCUUUGUUCCAUAUUCAUUAUUGCCACUAGAAGGUUAUAUAGACUACUUUUUAUUAAAAUUAGUUAAACAGUUCUGUUCAGUUUUCACUGACAAAAUAAGAUAAUAUCCAAGAACUUUGCGAGUAAAUACGAUAUUAUUUAUGGUCAAAAGUGGAUUAGGGUAACAGGGAGAGGUAGAGGGAAUAAUAGAUGGGUUAAGGGUGAGUGUUACGCGUAACAUUCAUCACGGGCAUUUAAUUUGUCACGGGCAACACCGCUGUGCGGGACAGAUAGUUUUAAAUAAUUCUGACCAUAGACACAAUAACGAUAAUUUAUUUUGCUAAUAAUAUACAAACAUAACUGCAAGGCGAAAAUUAAACUAAAAGGAUAUAUUUGGUUUGGUUUGAUAUCGUGAAAACAGCGAUACAGCAGGAAAACGAACACAUUAAACUCUGAACAUAAUAUCCGUAACGAAAUAUUAGUUUAAAUACUUAAAUUUUGUGGUUUUGAUCCCGGAAGUGACAUUAUAUUAUAAAAGUUAAUUUUAACCUAGAGACUUAUAGCAGAUAAUUUUCUAAGUAUUUUUUUAAAUGCUCACUGUUUUGAGUAAUAGAACAACUGACGACGAGAUUUGUAAAUAGAAUAGAUGCAAAAAAAUACUCGCACGCUAAAUAUAUCUUUAAUAUUGGUCCUGAAGGGCAUAAUUCAAUUUCGACAUUUUCUUUUUUGUAAAUUUGAGAUUAUAUAUCACUUCUUGAAUAAAAUAAGAAAACAACUUUACAACAUUUAAAUUAUGACUAAAAUUCAUAUCAAUCGUAUACAUUUCAAAUUCUAGGUAUUUACCUACAUUAAUUCAUUUCAACCAGCUAUUUUGAACCGGCUCUGUUAAGAAUUUUGUUUCGAUUGUAAUGACUUAUCGUUGCUAACUCUUAAAAAAUCAUAAAUAAAAAUGACCCUACUAAUAUAUCCAGUAGAGUGAAUUUCCAAUUGAAGUGUGGGGAUGUAGUAAAUAAUAAUCGCGAAUAAACCGUACAGAUUCAACUUUUAUUGUACCUAACUAUACCGACAAUGAGAAUUUAAAAGCCCUAUCCGACAAAACCAAUUUUUUUCAAACUAAUCGAGAUGCUUUCCUUGCAACUUAACCGGAAAAUAAUAUAAUGACUUAAUAAAAUUACCAAACAAAAUACUCGUAUUUGUGGUAUUUUAAAGUAAAGGAGCGAGAAUAUAGCCCCUAUCGUAACCCCUUGCGCGCGCCACUGCAUUGAUGUCUAUUCCCGACUCUCCGCUUACAUUAUGCAUGGUGAUUUAACCGUGAUGCAAUGUACGCAUAGACUCAAUUAGGGGGUGCAAGGUGGUCUUUAGUACCCCUAAGUUUAAAAUAAGCACUCCCGAAAAUAACCAUUAAACUUUUUAUAUGAUCAAUAAAAUAUUUUAUUCUUGUAUUUCAUAAUAAUUAAUAAGUAGGAUAAAAUACAGAUUACCUACAAUGUGUGUACACAAAAAAAAAAUUUAAAAAGUUAUGAUACAUUUUUAUAUUGAAAAUUGUAAAUGAAAUGUGUAGUUGCUUAUUAUAGGUCUUGCGUAAAGGGGAUUUUUGAGACAUUCCAUUGCCACAGACUCUUGAAAGCAUGGGUUUGUGAUGUGUCUAUAAUUUUAGCACCCCCCAAGUUGAUGAUCUAAUUGUAUCUAUGAAUGUACGGUUCUGCGGUUUUUUGAUUUCAUAAACAAUAUUUAGCUGCCGUCACUGGCCAUCUCCUGCAGCAGGAUAUAUUACUUUAUACAAAAAUUUAGACAAUAAAUGAUACUCAAUAGAAUCUACGAGAUUAUGACUAAUCAGUAGAUUAGAUAAUAACUUUUCAUUGUACACAUUUUUGUCAGCAUACUGUACAUACUAAACUGUUUACAUGUUAUAAUAAUUCUAUUGAUAUCUUUUUUUUAAAAAAAAGUAAUAAAUUACAUUUAAAAUAAAAUAAGAAAAAUAGUGAUUUCAAUUAUUUUACAAUUAUUGUAGUUCUUGAACGCCUAACUGCUAAUUUGCAAUAAGCCUGAAAAACAUUAGGUUGUUUGGAAAAAUAAUAAGUAGUUCACAAACGGGCUACCUUAUUGCAAAGAACUUAGUCUUUUCGCAAAAAGACGAAUUUUCCAUAUGGCCUACGACAUCGAUAUAAUUGCUACAUCAAUAAAACCGCUUAUCAUGAUUUAUCAUAUUAUUUAUUAUCUGUAGGAAAAUUAAGUUAUAUUUUCGUAAUAGACCCGUAGCAUAUAACUCUAGCGAAGGAACUCGUAAUUGUGAAAAAUAUUUCAGACAAUACCAAUACUUAUACUGGAUAUUUCCGUUAGAGAUUUUAUAGCAGAUUUUCUGAAAGUAAAUUUUAUUUAUUUGGUGAAUUGGGGUAGUAAUUUUUUAAUUUUCCUAGGGAUUUUCAUAAUUAUUGAGAAAAACCGGAAAAAAAUGGCAAAUAUUUACGCUUUACUGCAGCAUUAUACCGAUUUCAUUGUAUUUAAUUUUUGUAAACUAUGUUCGCUACAAGAAAUAUUACUUUUAUCAAAAAUUAACACGCAACAUUUGUUGUAUUUUGAAUCUUGAUACUUAUGAAGAAAGUUUUUUUUUUUUAAUUUUCUCAAUAGUUUUCUAUACAAUUAUUAAAACCGGAAAAAAACGUAAAAUGAAAACUGACAAACUUAAGGAGAACAAUUUUAUUAUUUUAAAUUUAGUUUCUUUUUGAUUUCUACUAGAAAAUAACCACUAAUAGAAUUAUAGAAUUUUUUUCAUUAACAGUGGUUUAUUAUUGUUUACAGAUAUAAAUAAAAUAACUUUAUGAACUUACCUUCCCAACUUCCCACCUACAACUAGUGGUAUAAUCGUUCUCAGAAUCACCUCUCUUUUUUUUAAAUUUGUUAUGGUGUGAUUCAAAUGUGUAUAGCUUAUUUAGCAAUUGUUCCGAAAAUUAUGCAAAUGCAUAAACUUCUGGUCCUCAUAAUAACUAAUAAGUAUAAUAAAUUUAUCAAAUUUUAGUAAUGGAACCUGAAACAGAACGGGGAAGCAAAAGUUUAAGGGGCUAUAAUUCACUCAAUAAUUGUUAUUUUUAUUUGAAAUUAAAACCAUAUAAUCUUUAAGAUGUGAUUAUUAAUAUUUGAUCAUAUAAAAAUAAUGUUCAUAAUAACAUAUUAUAACAAUUAUAUAUUUAAUAUACUCGUAUUGUACACAUCAAUGGGAGUUUAUAAUAUAUUAGUAGUUGUUAUUAUUAAUAUAUUAUAUUUUUACAUUUUCCAAAGUAUUUAACUGUAAAUCUAUUUUCCAAGGAAAUUUUCCGAAGUCACGUGGUAUCUUGUGAUUAAAUUAAUAUUCCCGGUAGAGGACAUCGUUUACAAAAAUUAAAUACAAUGAAAUCGGUAUAACACUGCGGUGUUUCGUAAAUAUUUGUCAUUUUUCUGAUAAUUUAUCUUUUAUUAAGAAUUUACCGAGCAACUUGUACGCACAAUUCGAAUAAUUAUUUAAAACAUUAUCUUUGUGAUUCGACACUUUCAUAUUAUUAUAUCAUCUAAAAAAUGUAUGAAAAAUAUAUCGAUUUAUAUUGUGCUAAUUGUCAUGAUUUACCAGCAGGGUCGAGUUUAAUGAUCAAAAACAAAAUUUCUACAUAUAUAUUUUAUAUAAGUAUUACACAUUCAUGAUCGUUAAAAAAAAUAAAGGUAAUCAAUCUAGUACAAUGUAUUGCACUAAUAAAAUUAUAAACAGGUUUAUUCGUACGGAUAUUUUUAUGGAAAACUGUAGUCAUAAAUAAAUUUAAAAACAAAAAAGACGUUCUACGAUAUUGGAGACGGGUGCGGCCACUGGUAUAGGUAAUUUAAUAUAUAUCUGUAAGCAACGAUAAACCAGUGCUAACGAAAAAACGAUUCUAAGCGCAGUUCAGUUAAUAGUAAUGCUUUGACAACACUAUAUAUGUCAUGUAGAAUUUUUACACAAUAUAUAAAAAAAAAUAAACACCUAUGUAAAACCAAUACAUUUUUCACUACACUCAGAAUCUAAAAUUGGGCAUUUUGAAAAAAAGAAUUAUGAUGUGUUUUUAAAAUUUCGAAAGGGAAGGUCAGAGUUCCCUUGUUCGUGGGAAUUUUAGAUUCUGAUUCUUUAGUUGCGAAUAGUUUACAAAUAUAUUCGUAUGCAUAUUGAGAGCCGUUUCAUAUAAACUCGGUAUUAAUUUUACCGAUUUUAGUGAGUUUUAGGGCCUAAAAACAAGAAAUAUAUUAUUGGUUUAGGCUCCUAAUGAUAGAUUGAAAUAGAUUUGACUAUCGAACUGAAAUCUUGUCAAACAUAAACAGUCUAUAAAAUUGUAUAUAAAUCCUCGAUAGGAAAGAUACUAUAAUGAAAAAAAAUCCUCUAAAUACGUCAAAAAACUCUGAUUGAAAAUUGUACUUGCAUAAAAGAAAAAUUACAAUCUAAGUUCAUAUUAUAAUAAAAAGAAACUUCAGGCAUACAUUUUCUUCUUUUACUUGACGAGUUACAUUUUACAUUAUUACGAUUGAAAUUUGUGAGUAUUAUAAUAUUCUUUUCGUUGUCAUCGUCAUCGUCGUCCCGUUAAGAACACUAUUACCUAUAGCUACUGUUUCUUUGAACAUUACUCUGACUUUUCAGAUUUAUUGAAAAAAUAAAUUAUUUUGUUUAAAUUUUUUUUUUUUUACGGCUCAAGCAAAAUAGAAGAUUAGACUUGAUCACUAUAACUAAUCCGAAAAAUAUGACGCCGAGUGAAAAAGUGCACGUCGUUGUAAUAUUGGGUAGAAUGCACGGAUCAGAAACGCCGAGUUCUUAUGUUUGUCAAGGUAAAAAAGCGAAAAUAUAUUAUGAGUGCGACUAUGAAAAAUUUGAAUAACAAUAAGUUAUUAUUUUUCAGGAAUCAUAGAAUUUUUAAUUAGCAACCAUCCAGCCGUAAUACGGCUUCGGAAAAAAAUCAUAUUCCAAUUGAUACCGAUGAUGAACCCCGACGGUGUCACUUUAGGGAAUACAAGGUAAUUGUUAUAAUUAAUAUAUAAUAUGUCAAUUAAAUAAUAACGCAGCUCUUUUAGUGUGAUGACAAAAAACUAAUUAUUUAUAACAUUAGAAAAUUGGUGACGGUUUUCAAAAUUUAGUAAAAUACGAAAAUUUGUUUAUACAUUUUAAUGGCCACAUAUCCGAUACCAAUUUAAGGGGAAGAAGUACACCCGUUUUUCAAAUAAAUAUAAAUUUUAACCUGAAGAGCCGGACAAAAUUUUAGGAAUUAUGUGUAAUAACAAAAAAAAAACAAAGUAUAAAAACAUACACUCAUAAAAAUCUGGUGUUGAAUUUACUAUAGAACGUGUCAUUAUUAAAUACAUUUGUGUGUAGAUUUCUAGCUGGAGUAAGCUGUACAUGGUGUUGGAACGCCAGUGUUAUCUAAAGAUGUCCUAAACGUGCUCCUGAAAUUGUUAUGUUGAUUCUUUAGGUUCUUUACUAGGCUAAAGUGGAAUUAUUUAUUUUUAUUUUAAUUAUCUUAACCAUAAAUUAAAAACAAAAUACUUUAAGUAGAUUUCCAUAAAGUUUUCAAAAAUGUAAUAAUAUUUUAAUUUUUUUUUUUACUAUUCGUAGUAGAAUAAUUAAAUGUUUACUUCCUAAAUAUCUUUUUAAAUAACCUAAAGAAUUUUAAUCCAUUUUCAAAAUUGAAAUCCGUCACUCAAAAUUCCUACGUUUUUGUUUGGUCUUUAGGCUUAAAUAGUUUAAACCAGUGUUUCUUAAAUUUUUUGAGAUUACGGAAAACCUAACAAUAUUUUUUUUUUUAAGUAAAACCCGAAAAAUAUAAAAAUAUAAUACUUUAUUUUAAAAAAAAUCCUUCUUGUUUUGUUUACUUAUAUAUUCAUAUCGAUGGUAAUAUUAUUAUUAUAAAUUGAAUAAAUUUUUAUACUUGCACACAUGACGGGGCAAUGGGAAAAAUAUUCGGGAAAUUUUCGAAGGAAAAUCAUUAUUACUUACUAAAAAUGGCUAAACUCACUGUAUCGUACAGCUGACUGCAGUACAUGCGUGGCAGGUUAUUGCUAAAUUUUGUUUUUUAUUAUUAUUAUUAUUGUUAAUAAAUAGUUGUAGAAUUUUAAUUAACUUUUUCCAAACCUUCUCGGAACCCCUGCUAGUUAUUCACGGAAUACUAGGGUUCCGUGGAACACAGUUUAAGAAACACUGUACUAAACUAUACAUCGUCAACAAUCUCCUUAAACUCAAUAAUAUAAAAAUUACCUGUAUAAAAUGCUGUAUUUAAUUCCUCCCUCCCCUACCCCAAAUCAUGACAUUUUAUAAACCUACUAUGGCUGCCUCGAGCUGCCUAAGGAUUCCUUUCUUUGGAUUUUACGUUGAACAUAAAACCACCGCGAUAUUGUUACAGGACCAAUUUAUUGGGUAUCGAUCUAAACAGAGCUUGGCAUAAAAUAUCGCAGUGGGUCCAUCCGAUAUUAUACGCCGUUUACAACCACUUAAAAAAAAUCGAAGAAAACGAGGUAAAACACAAUAUUCGUAUUUUGUCAUUUUUGAAUUUGUGACAUUAUAAAGUACAGACAGAUUUAGUAUCGAUACAAUGGAUCAAAUUUACCUUAUGAACGUUUAUCAAGUAUUUUUUUUUUUUUUGUAAUUUUAAAUUUUAAAGUUUUUUUCUGAUUUCCCUUGGUCACCAUUAUAAUAUUUAAAAUCAUCUAAACAACUGAAAUCUUAUUUUUUUUUCAAAUAAUUAAUUUUAGACAAAAUCAAAUAGUCGUUUGAACUGCUCUGUUAACAUGUGCCCAAAAUAUUAUUAAAAUGAAAAUACCAUGAUUAACUAAUUAGGUAUAUCAGCAACUCAGUGAUAUGCAUCAUGCCAACGUUAUUCGCCACGGAUUUGUUAUCUGCGGUGUUAAAUAAUUGCUUAUCACAAACACACAAUAAUGUGGAUUCAAUACUAUUUUAGUAUAUUCCAGACUCCUGUCAAAAGUAUUAAAUAAAAUCGUUGGCAGCUGACGUCACAUUUUCAUAGUAUAAUCAAGUUAUUACUGUUUCUUCCGUGGUUGCACGAAUUAAUACUAGAAUCGAUUAAGUUUCUGACACAAACCUAAUUAGUUAAUCACAGAAAAUAAUGUAAUAAUUUAUUUACAGAACAUGGAACUCGAUUUAGUAAUCGACAUACACGCCCAUUCGUCUCUACACGGUGUGUUUACAUAUGGAAAUGCGUACGACGACGUGUACAGGUCAAGCAUUUUUCUUUAUAAUUAUUACAAUAUUUUAACUAUAAACGAUAAAAUAUUAUAGAUAAAAGCAUUUACCAUCUUUGAAUACUUUUAUAAUUCUGUAAGUAUUUAUUCAAGUAUACGAAUUAAAUUAAGGUAUCAGCCAUCAAGCACAACUUAUCCAAAAAAUGAUUGCAAUAACGAUGCAAUUUUGACAAUUUAAGGACUUUUUUACUCAUGAUGCUUUACGAACUGUUAACAUUCACAACUAACGAGUAUUAACGAUUUCUUAACAAACACUUCGAUCAAUUUCGAUUUUUAUGUCAAAGGCCCUGUACGUAAAACUUCACGUGGAGAAUUCGAAUAAUUCGUAGAAUGAUCUGAUUUCGAUCAUACUUGGUUCUCUGUUGGAAAAAGGAAACCUACCUACAGGUUUCAUUGGAUUUCAGUUUUUGGUUAUGUAAUACCAAAAUCGAAAGUGGGUUAAAAAAAAAUUGUGAAAAUUGGUCAUAUUCAAAUUACAUAAGUGGUUAUAUACAUCGUUCAGAAAUAUUAUUUUCAAAAUCCAAGCCCAAUGCGCCAGAGACGUAGCUAAAAAUAUUUUUCUGGGUAGGCCAGUUAAAAUAAUAUACAUAUUUGAAUAGGAAUGAAAAUUAACACAAGUUUUUGAUUUUAAAAUUGUGUUAAUUUUCGAAUAAAAGUGUAUAGGCCCGGGCCGAUGACUACGCCACUGCAAUGUGCCCUGUAAAAAAUAAAAUAUAUAUUUUCAAAAUCGAUUCAUCCUAUGAGGCUAUAGAUUUAUUUUCUUUUAAACCAUAUUGUGUAGCAAAAACAAAUUAAUUCUUGAUUAAUUAAUUAUUCAAUAAGAAUCCGAAAUUCUCACGUUGUUUUCGGAUCGUAAUAAAUUAGUAGACAUGCACCAUUUCGAGUAUCGGACUACACAUUUUACAAUGUCUAGACGACUUAACUUUCUCUGUGUAAUUUUAAUAUUCACUUUAAAAUGUGUAUAAUACGCUCGUUCUCGAGGCGAAUCCAAAACCGUAGUAACCGUACACAAUUCGAUGAUUGAAUAAGAAUCGAAUUUUUUUUUGUUUACUCUGCGAGUCGAGUGUAAUUAUAAAAAAUGUAUAUAUAGGUCAUCGUUUUAUAUUCCAUGGCACAAUUAUUAUUAUAUUAAAACUUACUCGUGCGAAUAUGUCUAAUAUAACAAUGCGCGCAAUAGUCUAAACCGCGCGGCGGUAUCGUGAAAUCUAAGUGAACUACGUUUUAAAUUUUAAUGAUGUAGGUAUCGCAUGACUUCCUUAAAAACUGCAUUACUCGAUACGCGAAUAUUAUACUAUAAUAAUUCCGGGUUAACAAAUAAUAUUUUGUACGCGAUAUUAUUAGUAUCGUGCUUUUGAAGAGAUAUCAUAUUAAACGAAAUAUUCUGCGUAUAAUAAAAUCGUGCGGCCCCACAACGUGAGGGAAGUAUCAAAAUUAAAAAGUAUCGAAAUAUUCGAAACGAUAAGGUAACAUAAUUUUUUUUCAUCGAUACCUCCAUUACCAAAGAAAUAAAACGAUAAUAUAACGAUAUUAAUACUAUUCAUUUUACCGUUGAAUUGCAAUAUUUGUUUAUUACAAUCACAAAUUUAAUUUCCGCUCGGGACCGACGUUUUUAGAGGAUUUCAAUUGAAUUUGAUAUUUUUUUUUUCAAUUGUUAAAAUCACUUAAGAUUUAUUUUAAAAACAAUUAUUUUUAUUUAAAAAAUAUAUAUGUAUAUAUACAAUCUGUCAGAAACGUCCUGAGGGGGGGGGGGGCAAUCAACCCAAAGAAUUGGACUUACAUUGGUAUUUGGCAUAGUCAUUGGUCCAAAAGUAGAUAAUAUAAUAGAUAUAAUCAAUAUUUGACAUCAUUUUUUACUAUUUUAGAUUCUGAGAGUACCGACGAAUACUUUGUAUUGUAUUGGUUAUACAAAGAUGUUUAUUUUUAUUUUUUUAUACUGUGACAAAAAUGUUUACCAGAAAUCUUGCUCCAAUUUGUACAUGUGACAGCAUUUCUGGAAAGAAAUAUUUUCUAGAUGGUACUUUAGGAGAUCAUUUUUUGAUUUUCUAGGCGGUUUGCAUAAUAUCUUGGAAAAUCUGAGAGAAAACGUAAGAAAAACGGAAAAUUUACGAAAAUAAUGAUUUUUUUAUUUAUAAUUGUGUUAUUUUUUAUAAUUCAAAGUUACAAAUAUUUGUUAAGACCUGAAAUUCAGAUAGAAAAUUUAUAUGUGCCUAUUUUUACAUGGUGAAACUGUAAAAAUAUUUGAGCCAUAUUUAAGCUAUUUAUAGACACUUUAAUUUUGUGAGUAAUUUUUAUUUUGUAGGUACCCUGUGGAUAAAAUUUUUAGACAAAAUAGAAAUGCUUAAAAAUUAAACAGGAGGUUAAUUAUAAGUCAUACUUUACGGUCAAAACAAAAAAAAAAAUUUAUUUAUUGUAGUAUAUUUUUAUUUUAUAAGAACUUUAAUAUCAAAUUUUGAUGAAAAUGAUUUUAGUAAAAAAUUAUGUGGAACAAAUCUAGUAACUAAUCCACAUAAAUUGUUUAAACAUAAUAUUUAUUUUCUGAAGUAUGCCAUUUAUUUAUAUAAUUGAAAAAGCAAUACUGUUAACUAAGCUCCGUUCAGAAUCAUUUUUCGUUAGUAUUGAUUAAUUUUUGAUUACAGAUAUAGAUUAAAUUUCUCUCUCUAUUCUACUUUCUAAAUUUCUCCCAACUUCUCAUCGACAACAGUCAUUUAUCCAUCGUUCGAAGUAUGUCUGUCUUUUUUUCUUAUCAAUCAUUAAUAUUAAAUUUAAUUAUUUCGCCCCCUCCCCUUCCAUAGUCAAGGUUUGGAAACACCCAUGUAAUCUGUACCUUUUUGGGACAAUAAAAAUAUAUAUUAAAUUAAUCUACAGCAGGGGAAAUUUUUUGUGGAAGAACACCAUUCAGUAACACUAAAGAUAAAUGUAUUUCAUGUAAAAUGUUAAAUAACUCUUCAUUAUAAGCAUAUAAUUUUACACAAUUACCUUCUGUAGUUAUUGGCAUAAUUCGUCUCUUAGUACUAUCACCAUGUCAUAUUUCCUUAAUAAUUUUGAAUUUAUUUUCUUCUCUAGCUUCAGUUGUUUUAAACAAUUAAUUAUCACAUAAUAUUUAAAUUUACUAAUAAAAUUACUGUUAGUUUUUUUUUUGUUUCGAUAACUUUGUUCAAAUAUUCGUAAAAUUUAGAUUCCAUUUUUAAAACACGUACAGAGUAACGAAGUAUAGUGUCGUGUACAGUACAACAACUCGACUGGCUUAGGACAGGUAAGAUAGUCAAAAAUAUCAAAUAUUGUUCAUACAUUGUUGAGUGAUUUUAUCAGUUAUUACUUUUAUCAUUUCGAUAUGACCAUAUCUAUAAAGGAAAACUGUGGUUCUUAAAUAGACAGUACGAUAAUAAAAGUUAGUUUAUACAGCGUGUUUCAGAAAUUGUCUUGUUUAUUGUACAUUAUUAUAUGAUAAAAUUCAAUAAAACUUUGUUCACAUUGCCCGUAACAUAUACAUUAUGUAGUUCGAGUAACUUUUGCCGGCACAAAACAGUUUCUCCGUAAACAUUUUUAUUAAUAUCACGAUCACACAACAAAUAUGUAUAAUCACGAGACUACUUCUUGUAAAUAUAUUUUAUCGUGAAUUUAAAUAUUAUUGUGUUGUUUUAUUUUUCCAAAAAUGUCGAGGAAAUUUGCUUAUACGCAACCUCUUAUAUACAAGAGGUACGUCAUCUUGUGAAUUUCUCCCUAACACAAUGGUUUUUAUCGAGUGGCAUUUUGUCGGAUUAGGAUAAUAGUGUUUUGUCGAAUGUCUCUAUUGUCCGUAAGCGUUGUCGCGUGACAUUAUGAAGGGGAACACUUUGUAGAUUGGAAAUAUGGUGAAAUUGAAUACAGAUGAAAAUAUUUCGUAUAAAUGUUUUUAAAACAACAAAAUUAUUAAAAAAUAUACCAGAUAAUCCAAUUGAUAGUUCAGUUCAAUCAAUUAAUGAACGAUCAGACUACAAAAUUCUGAUGCGCAGAAUCGCUACUUUUUCAAACCUUUCCUUAAAGUAUACAGAUUGUUGUCACAAUUCCUGUUACGUGUUGCUGUUGUGAACGUCGUUUCUUGAAUCUGACUGUUGUUAAAAGUUAACUUCAAACAACAAUGACCGAAACAAGAUUGGGUUCUCUAGUACUGUUAUUUGUUAAAUAAGAGACAUCAUAUGCAGUAAACACUAAUGAGAUCAUCAAGGAGUUUAAAAUAUUAAACAAUUCAAUACCCCGAUUCUCAUUAUAAUUUAAUAUUUGUUUUACAAUUGUUUAAUGUAAUUGAGUAAAUAAACGAAAAGUUCAAGUAAAGAAAAUUGCAUUAUAUUUAUAUGUUUGAUACAUUUUCUACUAUAUAAAUAUGAAUGUUCUUUCGUUUGUGAUCUAUAGACUCGAAAACUACCGAUUCGAUCGGCACCAAAUUUUACAUGCAUAUUCUUUGAAACCCGAGGGAGAAGUUAUAGCAUAGGCAUAAAUAAUGGGGCGCUUGGGAGGUACCCGUUAAGAAACGAUUUAUUCAAAGUUCAGCCCUAAAGAAUGAAAAGAAAAUGAUAAAAAAUCAUUUUUAUACAUUUACCGUUAACAGUUGACUGCAGAGACAGGAACGGGGUUGGAAACAAAGUCACGAGGAAGCACAUUUUAUUUUUCCAUUUUUAUUUUCGUUCAAUACUAACACAGAUAAAGCAAUGACAGACGGCUGGUAACAUAAUAUAUCUAUAUAAAUGUAUAAUUUAAGUAGGUUAUAGUAUGACCUAUAUAUAAUUAUAUUCUGCUUGUGGAUACCGUUCGAUUUGUGACUUUUCGGAAACCAGAGAUUCUCUAUUUCUUCUUUUCCUUCGCCUUCAUCCAAACUAUUUGGUGAUUCAUUAUUCGCGUUGUCAAUAAGAAGGCCGUGCAUUAAAUAAUAUGCCAUUACACUACGUACAAUUCAAAACGAGAUGGAGAGAAAAAGGUCGGAUGUUUUCAAUUCUCGCUAUACGCGUUCGUUAUAAUGCAGAAUACAGAAAUUUAAUCAAUUAUUAUUAUAUCGUACGAACGAACGGUUCGAAUAAUACGAAAUGCUGCUGAUCAAAUUUCGAAUAAAUAUUCGGCGCGAAUUAAACUUGACAUAAUAAAUUAAUAUUUGUGACUACAAUUACGACGACAACGACACGGGCAUUCUGGGUACAAAUAUUUGCUAAGACUUCUCCUGUGCAGUGAAAUUACGACGUUGAUUGCAUUGCAUACGCUGUGUCUACCGUCAAUAAAGUCUUUAAAAAAAUAAUCCAACAUUAUUAUUAUUAUUAUUAUUUAUUACUAAUGAAAUGAUUCCGAUGAGUACACUCUGAAACGUCCACCGCAGAGAAGAGUCUUCCUAAUAAACGUCAAAUAUUAAAUUGAAUUAGGACUGCAUUAAAUCUUUUAAUAAUAUUAUUAUUAAAACGCAAUGUUUGAUAAAAUCGUAAUAAAAAAACGAAAACUUUGUUUCUAUUUACAGUAUGGCAUAGUUUUAUAUUUAUUAUGCUUCAAAAAUACAAUUAUCUAUUGGAAAUUUGAGAAGAUUUUAAAAUAUAUCGAAAGAUAUGCCCAAAUAUUUGGGAAAGGGGCUUAAGCCUACAUAGUAUCGAUAAUACAUACUUAUUAUUACUUAGUAUUUACUUAAAAACACCUUGAUUUAAGAGGACUAAACCACUCCAAGCCCAACCUUUUUUUGCGACAAUGGAUCGGAAAAUAAAUUCCAUAUUUAUCACUAACGUUUUGAUACACAAAUUUGUUUUUCUUUUCAUUUUUUUAUUGUACUCCGUUUAACCUAAAUUAUACGAUGUGUGGAUUUAAAUAAAAUAUUGGAUUCCUAUACAUAUUAAAACUUCCAACCGGAUCUUUAGAAGAACUUUUACCGCAUCUCAAAACGUAUAAUAUUUCGCAAUUGGAUAAAAAAAAAAAAGCACAAAUAAUUUCAAUAAUUAUUAGUAUCGUUCGAUUUCUUCAAAACUCGAGUUAUAUAUCAGUAUAGAGAAGCACGAAUCGAUAAAAUCGAUUUUUAUUUUUACUAACAUUAAAAGAAAAUCGCAUCGUAAAAAUAUGAACCAUCACACUUUUGAUAAUAAAGAAAUCGGGUAAAGUAUUAUAUUAUUACAAAAAUAAUAUUUUGUCAAAAUAUAUAGUCAUUAAGUGUGAGUUUUCUAGGUAUGCCAUUGUUUUUGCAUAUAGUUAAAAAAAAAUUAUUAAAAGUGUAUUGUGACUGCGGAAAGUUCGAUAAGAUUCAUAAUGGACCCCCGUGAAAACUAUAGUACCUAGAUGAUCUCUGAUUUAUAGUUAACAGACAUGGUGUGGUAGGGGUUAUAUUCGGUAGUUGAACGGGUGAAAAAUGAAACUGGUGAUUUGAGGGAAAAAUCUUUGCACCGAUACUGUGUAUCAGCAUUUAAUAAAUAAAAAUGUGUUUUCAUUUCAGAUACGAGAAACAUAUUUUGUUUCCGAAAUUGUUGGCGCAGCAUAUCGAGGGAUACGAACAAUCGUAUUCGCUGUGUAACAGAGAUGUAAAAAAAUGCGGCACGUCCCGGAGGUAG